AUGGAGGUUUACUGGAAGCACAAGACACUGUUUGAUGGAUUAGUCAUCAUGAUGGGUGGUUGGUAGCAGAUUUGGCGAAGCUGGCAUGAGAUAACUGGCUGUUCAGAGUGAUGUACUGGCUGAAGGCUCAACGGAGAAGGUGAUCAGCGGCAAGCAUUAUACAGGGCUGUGGGCCGUCAUAAAAUUGUGUAUGAAGCGUUGAUGAGAGUUCUUAUACAGGAGUUAGAAUCGUCUCUCACAGAUGAGUCAAGCGCCUGUAUGUUCAACAAAGAGAAACAUCAAGUUAGAUAUCGCACCAAACGAAUUUGAGAGAGAUCUGCAUAGCAAUGAAUUUCCUAAUUGAGAGAGCUAAUUUAAUGAGUAUGUACUGGACGUCAAGGAGAAGGGCACAGACCUAGCGAGAUUCUGGCUGUCUUAUCUGGAACUCUGUGAUCUGAUGUUGAACCUUAACUACGCUACGCGAACAGGUAGCUGGGAGUUGUAACGUUCUUGCGUGGAGGACGUCAUACCAUGUACUCUUGCAUAUGAUCACCAGAACUUCGCUCGUUACCUCGUCCCAUUCCUUGAUGACUUGCGCGGAUUGUCAGUCACAAUGCCUAAAGUGUAUCGUGUCUUUAAAGAUAGCUAGUUCUCUGUUCAGAUGAGCAAAGCUAAUCUAUGUGGUUGUAAUGAAGCUGACAAGUCAAUGGAACACCAUCAAAAUAGACUGCAAGACUACAGGUGGCUACGUCGGUUUCAGUGUGAACUUUGCCACAACUCAGAGAUGAGUGUUGAACGAAUCGAGACGCGGUAUGUUUAGGAAACGUCUGCGAGAACAUUUAUCGAUUACACCGGAAAAGACGUAUUUUUACAAGGAACUUGCUCCAGCUCGGAUCAAGACAGAUUUAGGACCUGUAGAAAAGGUGGUUGAUUUACUGCAGAAUAUAUUUAGUACCAUCCCUAGGAGAAAAAGAGGGCGAUCUUACAAGUCUGUCUACAGGCUGGUGUUACAGCAACUUCAGAAGUACGCAAUGAUUUGCUUCAAGCCAGAGAGGAGGGGGAUGGGGGAGGUGGGGUGGAGGUAAAAAGCGGUGAAUGAGCUCGUAGUAAGUCGGUGCUCUUCGGAUCCAGCAUCAGAUAAAUUUGACUAUUUAAGAAAAAUGAAGCUGAAGUCAUUUAAGGAACUGGAGACCACGUACCUGGAAGGUUCGCACCAAAGAUCUUGUACUCCCAUUAAGAAGUGAUCGAGUUUUGUUUGGAAAAAUGGCGUUACCUGAGCAGUUCAGAAAGAAAUAUGGGGUGAAUUGGGGAAAUGGCUUUGCAAUCAGUGACGCUUUGUCCCUUAAAAUGCCUUAUUUUCCAGACUAAUGAGGAAAGCUUCACUUUUGUUACCUAGCUUCAAGACAGACGGUUCUAACACAUGGAAGUUCAUGUAUUCAAGAAUUUCUUUUUGAGUUGAGAUUUUGCUUUUCCAGUAAGAAGGGGCAAAAAAAUACCAAUCAGUGCGAGAGACUGAUAUGUUUUAGCAGCCCGAUUUUCAAAAAAGCAUGUAUAUCUAUUUUUAAAGUUAUCAUUUGUUUAAUUAUAAGUUGGUAAGGGAAAGCAACAAAUCUCCUGCACAUCGGGAUAAAUUUCACCAGAUUUUGAACGAGUGUUGCUAGGGAUUGGCGAUAUCGAUGAUUAAAGACAGUAGGUUUCAGGCAUUAACCGGCUCAAUCGCCUUUUGACAUUUCCAUCGUCAAACGUGAGAGGUGUAUUUUCAUUUAAAGAUUAUGUACACCCUGUGCUACUAUGUUGGCAAAUUUUACACGAAACCUGUGGAGCUGAAUAACGACGAUCAAAACUGGUUUAUCUGAGCGUUUUCUCAAGGUUUUUUUUUUUUUUUUAAAAAAAAGGUACUCCUCCACACCUAGUAAAUUCAAAUCGUGUUUGCCCAUCCACACAGAAACUCUAAAAUGAUGCAAAUGCGAUAGCGACCCUUCAAUACUCACAGGGUGUGCGCCGCUGUAUAAUGUAUGACAUCAUCGUGUUCGAAAAACACCAUUUUCGUUCGUCCACAAGCAAAACGAGAAGCCGGCGUUUUCAAAAAUCUCAACUCUGCAGGCCACUUUGUGAAACCUGCAUGUUUUGGUGCCCGGAAAACACCGUUCAUGUAUGGACAGAACGCUAAGAUAGGGAAAAAACCUCCGUCUUUAUUCUGAAACACCUGAAUACAUGUAGACCUGGCCUAAAUGUAGAAUUAUUAUUAGUUUAGCUUAUGAUAACUGAGUAUUACGGUCAAUGGAGCGAAUCUCAUGGCAGUUUAAUCAGCCAUGAUCUUGUGCAAUCGUACAUAAAAUCCUCGUACCCAGGGUUCUGUCCUACUCGUCGAAAUCACAGACAACUUGACUUGACAAAUAAGGCCUAAAUAAGAAUUUUUUUUUUCCAUCAAAAACAGAAGAUGAAUUUAUCAUAAGUGUGGAAAGUUUCAAGAAAGCUUAACGUUAACCGUUAUUUGAAACCUGAGAAACAGUUAUUUAAACUUAUUAACCGUUGAAUAGUGCGCCCCUUUCGUAAAAUAGUAGUGAAAAUCAGCACAUUAUACUUAAAGAGCUGAUUUACGAGACGUGUUUACUUCAAUUUGUGUUUCGUUCAAGAAGUUUAAAAGCGAGUGUCUCAGAUUUUAUAGUUAAAUAUUAUUUCUUAGAUAGAUGUCAAUUUUCUGUAGAGAGUUAUGAAAAGAAAAAAAAACAAGAAAGUUAAAAUGAAACCAUGUUUCUUUCAGUGCAUGUAAAAAUGAACGUAUCUCAAUUAAUACGUGAUUUUAGACUAUAGAGUCAGAAACGUAUCACGCUCAAAACUGUUGUGGGAAAAAGUGAUAUUGGUGACUGGGUAAUUUAUUGUAAAAAACCAAAUGUCUGAAAACAAAAGUUCGAAGUAAAUGUUAAAUGUGGAGUUAUCCGAUAAGUCGAUGAACACUGAAUAUGCAGCUACUACGAUUUUAUUUAGCGGACAAAAAAAAAUAAUUAAAGAAGAAGAACAUUAAAAUGAAUUUAUUUUUCAGGUCAUGCAACAUUUCACGCCAUAUUCUCAUAUGAUUCCUAUCGAACGAUUUUCAGCACGUUUAGGAACGACAAGUCAUCAAGGGUUUCGUGUGAAACUUUAUGACGGAAAAAAAUAUGAAGCAACUUCAAGGAACUCGACCAUAAAAAAAUUAGUUUUAACGUUACACUCGCUCCAUUGUACAAAUAGCAAUUAUCUUCCCUAGUAGAGUUGAAAUCCACCUAAUUAUUAAAAUACAAUGAGCUACUAUUUUGCCAAUCAUGAAAUCCGAACAUUCAGCAACGUUUACUUAGUUGUGCCAGCUAUAUAAAUAAUCAGAAGACUUUUGGGCGGCGUUUGUAAUUUUGUUUGCCCACCUGUGUUUCAAACAAGCAAUACCUAUAUCAUCAGUCCUUUAUUAACGUGCUGAUUAAUACAAUGAAUUUUAAUGAGCUUGCCUUCGGCGAUUUCUGCCUUAAACCAAUGCGAAAAAGGAACUGCGCACACGUUUUCAUCUUGACAGCACGAAGACAGAUUCGAACUCAAAAUACCCUUUAUUUUGGACUCUAUUUAGCUUUAAGGAUAAAGAAUACUAUUUUAUGAUGCUAGGUGCUUUCGUAUUAUUGCUCUCGGCUGCCACAGCCUGGAGUCAAUCAGGUAAGUGAGGGAUGCGAUGAUACAAUCUUACCUGAACUUUCUUAACGUUCACUCUGUUGUUAUUUUAACCGCCUUUACUAAUUAUCUACCUCUGGUACUGCAAAAGACAUUUAUCUAUACUAAAGCAAUAGUUUUAGUCUAAGACAUAGCUUAAAAUAUAUGCCUUAAAUUAUAAACCCAUGACACCAAUGCGAAUUCACGGAAAAACCGAAAAAUAUAUAUAUAUAUCUAUAUUUAUUUAUUUUUUUAAUUUCCGAGGGUAAUGUUCUACCUUAAAGAAAUACCUUUUGUUAUAAAAAAAUCGAGAAAAAAGACAGAAGCACAACUACCUAGAGGAAAAAUCAAUCAUGGCCGAUUUUCAAUACCACAUUUUAACCUUAAAAAAUGCGGAUAUUUUUAAUAUCUUAACCAGACCAGCUUGAAAAAACGCAGGGGCCUCAAUAGGAUAAAUUCAUCCGGCAGAUUAAAAUAAUCUAUAGUAACUGACCGAGCCUGUUAACCUGGCCCUACCAAUUCAAAUAUCAUAUCACUGAUUAAAGAGAAAUAGGCAUUUUUCAUGGCUUCCACUGAUUUAUACAAUUUGAUUGUAUUUUUAACAUGGUUAAAUAUAACAUAAUGUUACAAUAAAGACAAAAAAUUGUCAUACGCGACAAUAUAAUUGCGAACAUCUAUGCUCAUUAAUCUUUCUUAAAUAUUUCCAUGGAUAUUAAGUUAUUCUUUAUUCUUCUAGUUACAAUAGGUUUUUUCAUACCACGAGUUGCGAGUUUUUGCCCUUUACUGAUUAUGCCGUGCUUUUUCGUCAUAGGAGAUCACUCGAGCAGGCAAUUGUUUACAGCCAUUUAUAUCUAAAAUACGCUACAUGGCUUAAAAGCAGACCUGGAUCAUGCCCUUUCUUCCUUUAUUUCCGUCACCAAAAAUUAUGCUUCUCUCCCGGCCCUACUUAUUUCUGUAUUGUCUUGAAAUUUCCCCGUUUAUUCACAUUAAGCUUUAUUUUAUUGGUGAAGGAAAAUUCCUUUUAAUUUUUUUAAUUUACCAAUCACAGUUCAGCUGUGAUUCAUCAGGCGCUGUGCUUUAGUCUCAGAAAGUAAGAUACGAACCAGUUGGACAAAAAAACAAAAAACAAAACAAAACAACAGCAACAACAAAAACAAAAAACACCAAGCACCUAACGCGUAUCCGGAUAUUUUUGAAAACGGAGAUUUUUUUCUCUCCGUUUUAGGGCCUUCCGCCAACACGAAAUCGGCGUUUCCGGGCACCAAAAGGGCAUGUUUUAGAAACCGUUCCCAGGGAAGGAAGACAUUUUGAAACCAUCAGCUUCGUGUUUACUUGUGGAUAGACGAAAACGGAGGUUUUCGAAUGAGAAUAUGUCAUACAUCAUAUACUGCUAGUAUCACGCAUGCUCUGUAACCGGGAUGCUAUCGUAUUUUUAUCAUUUUAGCGAUUUCCUGUGGAUGGGCGAAAACAAUUCAUUCCUUUGCAUGGCCACGAGAAAUGUCCAUGUCCGUUUUUCAAAAAUAUCUGGAUACACGUGGACAGGGCCUUAAUUGACCGUCGGGUAUAAUAACAGAGAAAAAUACAUAAUACUGUAAAAGCUAUGAUAAUCGUUUUCUUGGGGCAAAUCCACACUGUUCUUUUGAGCCCACAAUCUUCAGAGUUGGAUCAAAAGACGAAUAUAAAAAAUCAUUUAUUGGGCUUUAUGUUUUACUAAGUAUCAAAAAUGAUUAUUCCCUGAAAUACUUCUAAUCCACUGCAUCCCUGCAAACCGUUUAGUGAGCAUUUAUUUUGAUUAACCGCCCUCGAGCUUACUCCAAAUAUUCAUUUCAUGUUUUGACAAGCUUCAUAGUUAACACAAUUAUUUACUUGUUCUUCAGCUUGCGACGUUGAAAGGGCAGUUGGUAUCGAGCUUGGAAAUACUGGCCCAGUUCCCAAUGACAAAAUGAACGCAUCAAGUGAACACAACAGGUAUGUUACGUUCAUCAAUUAUAAGGGUGAUAUCAUCUCCCUUUUCGAGUUAACGAAUAGAAAGGUUUUAAAUAAAUAAAUUUUCGAAAAUUACCAGUCAAACGAGAGACAUUUGUAAGUUUCCGGAUCAACUGCAAACAAUACUAUUUAGUUAUUGUAUCCUUUUUCGUUUUUUGGGCAAUUCAAAAAUAGUGAGCUGUUUGUUGGAUGUUUGUUUGCUUUUUUUGUCAUGUUUGCUGAAGUAAUUCUUAGGUAAAUUUUAAAUUUUUGAAUCUCACUUUUUUUUUUUUUCUGAAAGAUCUGAUAAGAUGGAAAUGAAAGCAGAAUUUUUUUUUUUUUUGCAAUAUAUAUCUCAUAUAUGAGCUGAGAUGUCGCAGUUUGAAUUUGGAUAAUUUUUAGAACAAAAACUUGAACCCGUUCUUUACUUAACAUCUUUACUGUCUUUACUGUCGAAGGUUAAAAGAAAAAAAAAACUUUUAAAAAGAGAAAUUUUCAACUGCGUAGAAUCCUGGGAAACGAAUUUGUGAUGUCAGAGAAUGUCUCAUAAUAAUUUUUUGUACUCCUUACACUAGCGUUAUUAAGUCAAAAGAUGAAAAUCUAAAAGCAUACGAUUUUAGUCCACAAUGAGAGGUUUAUGGUACCACAAAAUCAGCUUAUUUUGUACAAAACUGUUAAAAAAAAUAUCAGAGCAAUCGUUUUUUUAAGAAAAACUAUGGAUCCCGGGGCGCACUAACUCGGCUCAAACGUGUCGCAUCGAAAAGCGGUUUUCGGUAUUUUGCUCCUCUUCCGAUGCUCUUUCAGAUGAUGUACGUUUGACUCAAAAAGUAAAGAAACUAUUUUCCCCAUUUUGGUGAAGUCACAAUUUGAACUUUAAACUAAAAAAAUCCAAAAACGUUUUCGGUCAUUUAUCGUAGCCCAUCGAGCAAGUUUGCUUACCGUAACAAAUAGCAAAAUUCGAGAGAAACACGUAAAUUUAGCACGUAUACAAUAUUUUGGGGGUGGUUUGGCCCCACUGUGUUAACGUAAGAGAAUCACAUUUGCAGUGCUCUUAUUAUGAUAGCGAAAUUCGUUGUAUCGCGCUGUGCGUUUUGCCAACUUCGAAGGAACUUCGGCUUUUUCUGUUCCUUCAAUCAUCUUAGCGGAAACACAUGUUUACUUGCACGAGUUCAAAAGGUUAUUGUUUGUGAUUCGUGAUUGGUGGAUUUCGAUCAAUUUUGUUCGUUUCAUGUUUCAAGGUUCGUUGCUUUGUGAUCGUCCUGUUUCGGGCAAUAAUCGACUAGUUAUUAUAGAUUUGCUUCGCAGAUUUUUCUGGUCUUUUUUCUUUCAAGAAUAAUUAUUCUUGUCACUUGCAAGAAUAAAGCAACGUCUGCCUCCUUCCUUCGAAAAAAAAUCCACUCACCGUCGCGAUUCCUUUGCUUUUCUUGAGCAGUCUAGAGUCAGCGAACACGUUACAUUAUGAUUUACAUUAACCCCGUCUUUGCAGAUACGCGCAUCGUGAUACAACGAAUUUCGCUGUAAUAGUUGUUAUCAAAGAGGUUCUCCUCAAGGUCUUGCCUCAAAAUCAGGAGAGGCAAUGAUGACACCUAGGGGGGUAAUUUCCGACGCCAUUUUGUUUGUUUAUCCUUUGCUCCGUGCCCUGGCAAAAAGUCCGCGCGUGUGUCACACGAAACGGCACAAUUUGUGCUAAAAAUAGAAUCAACCCAGUUACGGUCACCUACCCCGAUUAUGGCUCAUGGAAAUUAAUUAAUUUGAAGAGUCAGGUGACAAAUCACCUCUUAAAACAAAGGCGAGGGCAACUUUUUUUCAAAUCUUAAUGCUUUGCUUGCAAAAAUCACCGAAAAGUAUUACGGUUGUGAUAGUUAGUGCUCUCUGAUGAAAUUGGUUGGAUAUCUUUUUCAUAGAUCUAUGGGCACCUUUUGUGAACGGGUAAAAGCAUUAAUGUACGGAAUUGACAUAAAAUAGCCGUAUCCUCGCGAAAAAUCUACUUUGAGAAAGGUUUUCAUUAUUUUUUAAUUUAAAAAUAAUUGUUGGUGUUCACGUGACGUCACUAAAAUUCAAACUAAAAAACUAUCGAUCCUACCGAGAUUUUACUUUCACGAUACAUUAGAGCAGCUAAAAACUAAGUUUCGUACAAAUUUUCGUUCCAAAAGGGUUCUUGGUUUUCUGAUAGAGUACGCUUGAAUUUCUAAGCUUUUGCGUGGCGCGGCAUUUACAUGACGGCCAAGCUAAGAGAGCUGUCAUGUAGGUUAAAAAAAUGACUUAUUUCAGGAAGUUUUGCUAUCCACAUAGUUCAUGUAUUAGAAAAAGUAUUACUUUAAUGUUUAUGAGUUUCUCGAAGAAUAAAUUCACCCUUUUGUAGCAAAACUCGGUAACAGAUGUUUCUGUUGGUUUCCGUCCGCCAUGUUGGAGCUCGUCUAGGUGAGCACCAGCAUGGCUUCGCCAUACAAACCUCUAUAAAUUUGGCUAAAACGUUUCCUUGGAUAUCUCGUAUACAAAAUAUUCCUCUGACCUGAAUCUUGGCGAGGGUCUUUGUAUAUGUACCUCCUUUCAUUUCCCAGAUCCUGGACUUUAUCUAUUGAACGGUUUUGAUUUUUAUUUUGAUCUAUUUUGAAUGGCGUGAGACUGAAAACCAACAAUAGAUCUUUAGCUGCUAUUUAUCCUUCCUCGUUUCAGAUAUCAUAAGGCUUCAGAGGGAAGACUGAACAAUUACAAAGGGAAAGGCCUCACCGACGGAGUCGGGGCCUGGUGUGCCAAAAAAACAGGAAACGUCACUCCUUACUUGGAGGUAACUAACUCGGGGAGCUUGAGUUAUAAAAGAAAAAUAAAAUAAAAUAAAAUAAAAAAUAAGAAGGUGAAGAAUACCAUCCAUUCUGUAGAUUGCAAAAAAAAAGUUGACAUGAUUUCCAGUUUCUUCGAUCCUUACAACUUCAUAACAACUUCAAUACAACUUUAUAACAGUAAAUCCAUGGUCCCGUCCACAGGUGCUCUGUAUGCGUAGAUUUCCCCCGCAAAUAGCAAGAACAAGUAUGGACGGAACGAAAUGGCGUUUUCGGGAAACAAAAAACGUAGCGCAAGGUUUUCAAAAACCGUCACCAGAGUGGUGGUUUUGGAAACGCCGAAUUGUUUUUUUCCUGUGGGUAGAGGAAAACAAUGCCGAAAACCGCGCUGUGGUUUUCAAAUAGAAUGAUGUCAUUCAUCAUACAGCGCACACUCGGUAAAGGACGCAGCUUUUCUUGCAUCGUUUCAGCACUUUUGGGGGCAAAAAAGAUUUGAAUACGUUUCAAAUGGAUGCAUACUUUUUGGAAAACCGCGGAGAAAUAACCCCGUUUUCAAAAAUGUCUGCGGAUACGUGUGGGCGAGUGUAAGUUGGCCGCUUUAGGUACAUGUAUCAGGAAACAGCAGCCAGCAAUAUAGUAAAUUCAAUUAUUAUCGAUUAAUUUAUCAUUGGCAUUCAUAUAUUCAAUUGAACGGGUAUUGGUUGACGCUGAGUGCUACAUGACAUCAUAUAUAUUAUCCUUCUAUUACGAAUUUCAACUAUUUAGAAAUGGGCCAGAUUCCAGCAAACGUGAUGAUUUACGUUUUAUUUUCACGACAUAGAUUGAUUUGGGAAGCCCUCGUCAACUAAGCAUGAUUGGUACUCAGGGUCGGAAUACAACUUAUAACCAGUUUGUAAGCAGCUACUCAGUGCGUUACAGUUCCAGUGGCUCCAUAUUUUCUACUAUACGAGAUGCUUCACUAAAGGAAAAGGUAGAGUAUUCCUUAAACGAACACCAAUUUAGCGAUAUCAUUUUAUUAAUGGAAACCGUUGCGUAACCGCAAAUGGCCGCGUGCGUUACUUUAAUAAUUUUUUUUUUUUUUUUUUCGUGAAAAUAAGCUUAUAAAUUAGGUUUGGGGUCAUUAGUUCAUUAAAAAUAAGGAAAGUCCAGGAAGGUGGGGUCCUAGGUGAAAUUCCCUUAGUGGUGACCGGGGGUAUGAAUAUUUUCUGGAACCACACUUUUGGCAAGAAUUCUUUUCCAAGGCCUCUACUGUAACCGAAUAUGAUUCCUAUAUUUGAUGUACUGUCAUUAAAGCACUACCCGAUUUAUUCCCAUUGACCGCACAAGUACUUUAUUUGCUGACGACGACGUCACGAUCAUAUCACCCCAAAUUCUUAUCUUUUCCCCCCUCAUUUUAAAUAUCACCCAUUUUUCCUCAUUAAAAAUAAUCUAAAAGAACUACAUAAAUUUCUUAGACAAAUAUUAAUCAAUGAAAAGAUAGAAUGAAAUAAAAUGAGAUAAAAUCUCUGCAAGAUAUUAACUUCGAAACUGAAAAUUUGAGUAGACUCUGCUUCAAUCAUGGCGAAACCAACUGCAAUACGUACAGCGACGCCCGAAUCGUUGACGUGUCAGUUUAAGCUCACCAAAGUGUAACGCUGUUUCUUUAACCCUCGCUGCUAUAAAGCUAGAGUGUGAAGGCUGUCUCUCCUUUUCUCAUUGCAGGUAUUUGUCGGAAACAGUGAUAAAAACACUGUUGUUUGGAACGCUCUUCGAGGUCCUGGAGGAGGUCCUUUAGUCGCGCGGUACAUCCAAAUCUACCCCUUAGAAUUCUACGCAAACAUUUGUAUGCGUGUGGAGCUGAAAGAAUGUGCAGGUUAGCUCUUAGUUAGUUGUACUUAGAAACCACAUAAGUGUGUAUUCGAAUGGUCAAACGAUGGAUGCUUAUGAAACUGUUUAUGGGAUUUAAAAUUCAUAUGACUGUCUUGAGUUGCACCAAUUCUAAGCAAUUUUUUAAGUAAGCAUUUUUGAGAAAACGCUAUUUAAAAUUUUUGCAAGCUACAAAGAAACGAAUCAAAAACAACGCUUUCAGCGUUGAAGAAGGAAAUAUCAAUCAUACAGUUUUCAGUUAUCCCUUGUAAAAAAAAAUUGAAACAAAUCUUUUAACGGGACUUUAAAUAAUGUGGACGUAAUCGAAAGUUACAUAUAUCAUUGCCAUAAAUUAUCUUUCUGUUUACUUUCAAGGUAAUAUAUAGUGCUCAACAAAACUAUCUUCUGUUGGGUUUACGUGAAAAGCCGCCGGCCAUUUGCUUAUGUUUUAAUGUACAUUAACCCUUAUUUUCGAGUAAUUUGAAAGACGUUUAGGUGUGCAACAUGCUGAAAAGAUAUAGGGCUAGAAAGUGUUGAACUUUUCAUCCAAUAGUUUUGUUUUUAUUAUGGAAGUAAAUAGCAAGAUCAGUAAUUUACUGUAUGACAAAAAAGUGAUUUAUAACUUUAGAUUACGUUACUUUACAGCUAUUUCGAGAAAGGUUGUCGGAAAAAGUGCAAGCGACAAUCGCUAAAGGUAUAGAGAGGAGAAGUGUGACGUCACGUUACCAUGGUAGCAAAAUUUCUGGAUGACAACGAUAGGGAGCUUUUGCAAUGGUGACGGUGAACAGCAAAAAAACAAUACGUUUAGAUUGGCAAAAAAAAAAAAAUCUUCGCACGUGCAUCACGCUUGUUUGUACAUUUCUUAGCCGUUGUUGCACGACCGCGACAUGAAACUUCCCAAUUUCACGCGCCCGCUUUUUGGAGUAGGUGAGCACAACACAAAAAUUUUCUUUUCUUUUUCUAAACUUACAUACGGUCCUUUCGGAUUUAACCCAGAAAAUUUCGUCAACAUUUGACAAAUUAAAUGAAAUUGAUUAAGAUCGAUGAAGUUUGAAACAGUGCGAAUCCACUUUUUAAGUGACGUUUUGGUUUGUUGUCAUCCACAAAUUUUGCUAACAUGGCAACGUGACGUAACGACUUCUCCUCUCUAUUGUGAAUGGUUCAAAUUGUGUCCCCCGUUCUUUAAAGAAAUUUGAAAGAAAGGCACGAGAAGCCACAGUCCAACAACCUUUCUCGGAAAAGCUGUAUAUUAUCGGAAAUCGGGUGAGGCGACUUCUUUCUUUCUUUCCUAAUUCUAAAAACAAUUUUCACCAAAGUUUACUCCCUACCGAUAAGGAAAAUGUCUUUUUUCGUGGACCGGAAAAGCGUUGUUUACGUAUGAUUCGUUUCGCAACUCGCUGUAGCAGCCAGAAAAUUUGAAAUAGAAAUUGCUUGAAAACGCUCUCAUAAAAAUUGCGUAGAAUUGGUACAACACCAAACAGUUACAUCAUAUAAACAGCUUCCAAAACGAAUGUCUAAAUUUCUCAAAAAUUUAGGAAACGUAUUUAUAAUGGUUAUUGCGUUACCGUGUUACCAUGUAUAAGUCGAACUCGAUAAAAAAUACAUUUUUGAAACCCUGCAAGUUUCGAUUUCCUGCUUUUUCAAGAGAUUUUUCCUUUUGUUCUAUAAAUGAAGGUGUUAUCACAGAAAAAAAAAGGGGAUCGAGCCACCUUAACCCUUAAAAAAGUGACCAACAGUAUCUGUACAUCAUCACGAGAAACGUUUAUGAGAAUUACAAUAAGACGAUCAUCGAAAAGAAAAUCCUUUAUUUUGUCAACAAAAUCUUAGAGAAAAUGUAUACAAAUCAGCGUGUAGAAUUUGUAUGUGAAGUAUUAAGCUGAGCACAAAUUGGGUGGGCUAUUAGAAAGCGCACUUCGCUUCCCUCACGUUUGGCGUUCUGACCAAUUUACACGUUAUUAAACAGAGGGUUGUAAACAGUUUUUUCAUAAAUGUGCUGUGGAUGACUUUACAAGCUUGGUUUAUUAAAGAACUUGGAAUCAAACGGUACUUAUAUCUCUGAAUCGGGCUAUAUUCUAAAACUAAACUUUCUAUAUUUAUUUGACUCUGGUGCUUUUGAAUAAUAAUAAUAAUUAUUAUAAAAAUAGUAAUAAUGAUAACAGGAAAAGCUGGGCUACGCGUUUCGUGUGCUGUAACUGUGAAAAGUUGUAAUCAUUAGAAUUUCUUUUCUUUUCGUUUCUGCAGAACUGCCCGGAACAACAAGUAAGAAAUAAUUCAAUGUUUUACACUACUUUCAUGCCAUUUCAGAUUUUUGCCAUUUUAAAUGGAUGUCAUUUUUGAAAAAGUUUUUACUGAUUUUUAUAAACUUGGUGCUUUUGAAUAAUAAUAAUAAUAAUAUGUCAUUUUGAUAAUAAUAAAUUUAUAAAAAUAAUAAUUUAAUUAAUUAUUUAUUUUAAAAUGAACUUAUUUUGAAAAGUUGUAAUUAUUAGAAUUUCUUUUCUUUCGUUUCUGCAAAACUGCCCGGAACAGCAAGUAAGAAAUAAUGAUUUCCUAAAACUGUUAUGUCAUUUUGAUAAGAAUUUUACCUCAUUUUAUUAAUUAUUUAUUUUAUGAACUUAUUUUUUGUGCACUCAUUCCUUCAGGUAAGCGAAACAGUUUUUUUUUAGUUAGUCUUCGUUGGUACAUGUAUGCAUUGUAACUCAAUUUCUUUAAUAACUAUUUCUUGUUAGUUUUAUUUGCUGAUUGUAUCUAUCUAAUUGUAUUUACUUAUUUAUUUAUUUAUUUAUUUUGGCAGCCCCUCCUUCAUUUAAGUGAAACAUUUUUCUUUUCUGUGUUAAUUCGCCUUUGGCGUGCAUUUCAUAUUACUAUAUUCAAUUUCUGGUUUUUAAACUAACAUUUUGUUUGUUUAUUUUUUUACAGCACCCGUUCCUUCGAGUAAGUUAAAAUCCAAGUUAUCGUUAGUUGUGUCAUUUUCGAUGUACAGUCAUAUUUCUUUUUUUUAAAAAAUGUUAAUACAAUGAUAUAUUUAUUAUCUAUUUAUUUUCAGCAUCCCCUCCAGGUAAGUGAUUUUCUAUUUAUAAAAAAAAGUUUUAAUAAAGUGUGAUUUUCUUAGUUGUUGACUUCUUAGUGCCGCAGAUACGAGAUGGAGCAAAUGUAAAGUUCACAUGUAAAUACGAUUUUCUUUCUCUCUGAAAAAGUUCACUUUCGCUCUCAAACCUGUCUGAUCACUGUUGCAAAUUUCCUUUCAUAAACUGGCCGUUGUUUUUACUUAUUAUGUAUGUUACAUGUACUGUAUAGGAAAUUAAAAUUGAACACGAAAGGUUACGAAACCUAGGGGAGUGUGUCUGUGUGUGUGGGGGGGUUGCUGGGGGCUUGCUCCCCACAAAAUUUUCAAAUUUAUAUUAGGGUUUCGGAAAUGCCAUUUCCAGCGUUUUCCGCUGGACAUUACAGUAAAUCGAUUCGCAGGAAAAUGUAGUAGUUGUUUAUUUUACCCAUCUACUCAUCUCCAACGAGUUAAUAACAAUUUUUUUCAAAUUUUUUCAGCUUGUCCAGAGGGUUUUCGCCUAGGCCCAGAUAACAAAACUUGCGAAGGUGCGAUAUUUUCAUUUUUAAUGUAUCCUUUAACUAUAUUAAAACAAACAAACAAAAGACAAGAACAAAAAACAAGCAGAACAUGGUAGUCACUGAUUUUAAGGCUAUUGCUUGACUAUGCUUAUUCUCUGUUCUCUAAUGGUGAACGAUUGAGCACUGGGCAGUAAAGUAUACUCUUUUUCAAGCAGCCGCCCUAGAAUUUGGGCAGUGAUGGUGUGGACCAAAUUUGGAAGAUGCGAGCGGUAUACCAUCGAUAAGAUGAUGCAGUGCCCUAAUAAACAAUCGCAACCUGCCUUCUAGGCAACGGGGCUGCACUCAAGCUGCUUUGACGCGAGUGAACUCAAGAAAAUGGUGUAAUAGUCUAAGGUUAUCAGGAGACGAAAUAGCCACAUUACUCUCUAAAACUGGACGGACAAAUAUUCAAGGAUAUGCAAAACGUAUUUGUCGGUGGCUUUCAUAUACUAUUGGGGCACUGCACCAUCUUAUUGAUGGUAUCCUCUCGCAUCUUCCAAAUUUGGUCAGCGCCAGCUGGUUAUGGAGAAUUAUCCGCGGAAAAAAGUUGAUCAGAAACGGCGAAAUGAAUAAUAAUAACCAUUGCUUACCAUCGCCAGUAUUAAUAGGACAAUGUUCCGGCCACUUAAGGCAUGACUACCGGAUUAAAUAUGCAUAUUUUGUUAAAUGCUAUUUAGAACGGUUUGCUUCCAUCAGUGAUCCUGAAAAGUGAACUACAAAUGUGGCUCAACGAAAAAAAAAAAAACCUGAAAGGUGGUUCCAAAUAACACGUGACAUUGCCUCGUCAAUGACGUCACAAAAUCAGUUUCCUAAAUUAAGAAGGGUUGCAAACCUUAAUCUUAGGAAUUUUUGCUACCAAAAUGUAACAUAAACAGUGUAAAUUGUAAAUCUGCCUUGUAUGACUGGAAAUGUUAUUUAUCAUAUUAGCCAUUUAACUAGUUAAUAAGUCAUGUGACCCUUUUCCCUUCAUUUACUGAUUCCUAUACAACACAAACAUACAUACAAGGCGAACUUUUUAGCCUCUGAAAUGUACCUAAAAGAGCUUGUUGCUCUUUCAUUAUCUUUUCCCCGUUUCGGAGAAAAUAUUUUGACCGCCAAUUCUCAAUUAUCAGCCUCGUGACGAAAAUUUGAGCUUCAAUUUUUAGGAUCAUUGAUAGAAGCAAACCGUUUUGAAAAGCAAAUUAUCGAAAUAUGCAUAUUUAAUUAGAUAGUCUUUGUGCAGUUUUUAUCCCGCUCGAUUGAAUUAAUCUUAAAGUAAAUAUUCAGUCGACGAAAAUCUUUGCUGUAUUUUCUUUGCUGUAACUUUUAAGCUCGUCAAUUCUUUUAUCCUUGUUUGACACGCAGAUUAUGAAUUGUCUACCAAGACACACAAACCUUUCUUUAUUCUAAAGAGAUCUUAAUUGUGAUAAUAUAAAAAAAAUCAUGUUGUAAUGUUUUGUUUUGGUUUGCAAUCCAUCACGCGCUUUGAAUAACAUCACGAACGCGCCCUUCUUUAACACACAAAGGUUGGAGACUAAAGUAAAAUUUUCCUAAAACUUUAAAUCUCAGUAGGAAAAAAAUUAAAAUGUUAUUCACCGGCCUAGGUCGGUCCGUAUUGGGAGAAAAUAUGCAUAUUUAAUUAGAUAGUCAUGCCUUAAGUGGCCUGAGUGACUCUUGCGGUCAAAUAAAUGGCAUUAUUUACCUCGAAAAGUGUAAUAAUGAACCAUGUUUAUUUAAUAUCUCAUUUUACUAAAUUUAUAAUAGGCUUUAGUCCUAACGUUGCUAUAGAUGAAACUUUGCAAUAAUAUUAAAAUCAUUAAUGCAGAUGUGGACGAGUGUACCUUAAACACAGAUCAGUGCACGCAGAAUUGUACAAACACCAACGGAAACUACACGUGCAGUUGUAUGUCUGGAUACAGACUACAAGCUGAUGGAAAAACCUGCCAAAGUAAGAAGACAUUUUUACUUUUUUCGUUUCGUAAGGGGUAGAAACUGGUAUUCGUGAUUAACUGAGUGUAAUAUGACUGAAAGUACGGGAAAAAAGGCAACCAAACUGACCAAAUCCUGUAACCUGUUUUUCAACAUUACUGCAAAACGAACGGAAUGGCUAUUUGACGCGUUUUACCACCUUAUCAAUCAAACAUGUCUUGCAGAAAAUCUGGACCCGGUUGCAUAAAACGCCCGUGGCAACUACGGGUAUACGUAUGUGCACUCGGAACUUACGUGAGUUGCAUGUUGCAUAAAACAUUUUUUUACUAUACGGCAAAAAUAGCUCGUAAACUUACCGGACCUAUGUAGAUCCCGUAUCCUUACUGUUUUUACUUACGUUAAAGAGGUGUAUUCCUGAGAAGUGAAAAAAAGCUUUUUCUUUACGUUAUUCGUUCUAAUGCGCCUUGUUAACCUCUGAUGUACACUUUAAAGCCGUCUUUUAGAAAAGAGAAGAUCAACUAUCAUUUUUAGUAGAUAUUGAAGUAAAAUAACGAUUGCAUGCAAAUUUUAUUUCAAUGAGGGGCUUAAAAGUGUUCGAAAGGACUACAAAUUUUCUUUACAUAGAGUGGGUCAUCAAUAAAGUACUAUAACAAAGUUACGUGUACCCUUAAGUGACCAAGUAAGUUACCACGUAAAACAGGAACUUACGAGAGUGCUAAGUGCGUUCAAGAGUGCGUUCCAUGCAACACCCGUAAGUGAACUCAUAACGGAUUCGUAAGUGACCUACUUAAGUGACAACUUAAGUGCAAGUUUUUGUGCAACCGGGCCCUGGUUCUUUGCAGGUUCAAUUUUAAAAAGUAGAGACUAUUUGCACUUUCUACAAAAAAAUCUGUGCAUGUUGCACUUACCGGCCCACGGAAAAAAACGAGGGACCUAAAUCCCAUGUAUGGUGUAAUUUAAUUUUAUCCAAUCAGAAGUCAGUAUACUCGCAACUUGCAUUGCCUGUGUAUGCACAGGCGGCUUUGCGUACAAGGGAUUUACUCGUUUUCGUCCCGUCCUGGUUAGCUACCCUCGAGUAUCAAAUUUAACUUCAAGUCAACUCUCUCUUAACGGACACCUCUUCAAGACAGACACCUCCACAAGUCUAUUACUAUACUCUCCUUAAGACGGGCACUUCACUAAGAUGGAUAACGGACACUUCUGAAACUGCCAACGGACACUUGAAAAGUGCGUUAUGCAGUGAAAGGUACCUCAAAACGGAAAUGUAGGAGCCCUACAUGAAAGUAAACUGCAAACCUUUUUAUAACUUUGCAGUCUUUCCGAGCCAGUUCGCAGAGUUUACACUGUUACGCUUUUAGACACUAGCCGUGAAUGUUUGCUUGUAAUGAAAGUUUAUUGCACAAUAAGAAAAAUGAUUCUACUUUUCUGUUACAACUCUGGUAUCACGUUACUUCGACCUCUAUUAGCUUGACCCCGGGCCCUUCCAGGAAGGACAAUCGAAGCCGGUCCCAAAGAUGUCCGUCUUAGAGAAAGCUGACUGUAUUUUCAUUUAAAGUCGGGCAAAGAAAAAACUGUAAAAAUGGAAAGGGGACCUGCUUUUCUUUUCUCUGCCUCCUCCUUUGGAGGCAGAGGGUGCUUACCAUUUACACAAACUAACUAACCAGGUGGAAAUCUUAAACAUGAAUAUAAAUAAGACUUUGACAUUUGACGUGGUGGGAGAACGAACAGCUGCAAGGUAUAUCCUUAUCAGCUGAACAAGGUGAAACGGAGUACAGAAAUAGCAUUGCCUUAAAUCACAGGCCAGUCUACCUCCUACGGUGCUUCCUAAACGGAAUGCGCAAAUCAUUUGAUUUCCAAUCAAAAGUUCCCAUGAAAAUUUAGAUCAGUCUGCGGAUACUGUACGCUUUUCUGAUUGCCUCUUCUACUUUUUUUAAGACAUUGAUGAAUGCACAGAAGGUACCAGCGGCUGCAGUCAAUUGUGCAAUGACAACGAUGGAAGUUUUACGUGUGAUUGUAGGAGAGGGUACAGUCUACAAAACGAUAAAAAGUCUUGUGCUGGUGAGUAUUUCGAUCAAAUCAAAUUAUGUGGAGUUAACCUGUCAAAUGAUCUGCAUUAGUAUUAUAAGUUAAACUGUGUUGUUUGUAAACAAUGUUUUUUUUUAUCAAAUGUGUCAGCUACUGAAAUGAAGGAACCCAUUGUCUCAUGAGCUAAUUUAUCCCUGGUUGACGAUAGGCAUCAUUAGGUGACGUAACGUGAAAUACAGCUAUAUUAUUGUUUUCUAAGGUUGCGAGCGGGCGGAAUCCUCCAAAUCCUGCAAUCUGAUCGGUUCCGAGAGCGGGCGGUUUUUUUACGAUCUUGCCCGCUAACCCGGGCGGAAUCGUUGGCAGCUUUAUUCACAAGUUUGUUUGUUGUUUGUGAAUGAGCAAAACCGGUGAUUUUUAACCAUUUUUCUUUUAAAACUUGCGCUAUUAUUAGCAUUAGCUAGGGAAAAGUGAAUUUUGUUAUUCACUUUCAUUCGACAUUUUUCCUCUGUUUGUAGGUUUGUUUCCCAUUUUUGCUGUCUGAAUCUAGAUUCUGCCGUUUUUCAUUGAAUUUUACCUCGCUAGUUUUCUACUUUUCAGAAAAGGUUGUUGUCAUCGAUUGCAUCGAUAGCUUUCAAUCUUGAAUGAACAACACAAACAAGUUUUCCAGCAGUCAGUUAUCGUCGUGUUUGUUUCCUUGUUUAUCCCAGUAUAAUUGUUUACUUACCCACAUCGCCUUCUUUUAUUCGAAUUCACUUCAAAACCCUAAGAUUGGUAUGUGUAAUUAGCUCUUUUUAUAAAGCCUUUGUGCAGUUUUUAUCCCGCUCGAUUGAAUUGAUCUUAAAGUAAAUAUUCAGCCGAAGAAAAUCUUUGCUGUAUUUUCUUUGCUGUAACUUUUGAGCUCGUCAAUUCUUUUAUCCUUGUUUGACACUCAGAUUGUGAAUUGUCUACCAAGACACACAAACCUUUCUUUAUUCUAAAUGUUUUAUUUUAGUUUGCAAUCCAUCGUGCGCGUUGAAUAACAUCAACAUGAACGCGCCCUUCUUUAACACACAAAGGUUGGAGACUAAAGUAAAAUUUUCCUAAAACUUUAAAUCUCAGUAGGAAAAAAAUGAAAAUGUUAUUCACCGGCCUAGGUCGGUCCGUAUUGGGAGAAAAUAUGCAUAUUUAAUUAGAUAGUCAUGCCUUAAGUGGCCUGAGUGACUCUUGCGGUCAAAUAAAUGGCAUUAUUUACCCCAAAAAGUGUGAUAAUGAACUAUGUUUCUUUAAUAUCUCAUUUUACUAAAUUUAUAAUAGGCCUUAGUCCUAAAGUUGCUAUAGAUGAAACUUUUUAAUAAGACUAAAAUCCGCAUUAAUGCAGAUGUGGACGAGUGUACCUUAAACACAGAUCAGUGCACGCAGAAUUGCACAAACACCAACGGAAGCUACACGUGCAGUUGUAUGUCUGGAUACAGACUACAAGCUGAUGGAAAAACCUGCCAAAGUAAGACGACUUUUUUACUUUUUUCGUUUCGUAAGGGCUAGAGACUGGUAUGCGUGCUUAACCGAGUGCAAUAUGACUGAAAGUACGGGAAAAAAGGCAACGAAACUGACCAAAUCCUGUAACCUGUUUUUCAACAUUACUGCAAAAAGAACGGAAUGGCUAUUUGACGCGUUUUACCACCAUAUGAAUCAAACCUGUCUUGCAAGAAAUCUGGACCUGGUCGCAUAAAACGCCCGUAGCAACUACGUGUAUACUUAUGUGCACUCGGAAAUUACGUGAGUUGCAUUAAAUCACUUAAGUGGCUCACUUAGGGAAUUCACUUAAGUGACUGCACUUACUAUUUUAGUAAGUGUUCACUUAACUGUCGUUUAUGCAACAGAAAUUGCGGGUGUUGCAUAAAACAAUUUUUACUAUACGGCAAAAAUAGCACGUAAACUUACGGGACCUAUGUAGAUUCCGUAUCCUUACUGGUUUUACUAACGUGAAGGAGAUGUAUUCCUGAGAAGUGAAAUAAAGCUUUUUAUUUACGUUAUUCGAUCUAAUGCGCUUUGUUAACCUCUGAUGUACACUUUAAAGUCGUCUUUUAGAAAAAAGAAGAACAACUAUCAUUUUUAGUAGAUAUUGAAGUAAAAUAACGAUUGCCUGCAAAUUUUACUUCAAUGAGGUGCUUAAAAGUGUUCGAAAGGAAUAAAAAUUUUCUUUACAUAGAGUGGGUCAUCAAUAAAGUACUAUAACAAAAGUCACGUAUACCCUUAAGUGAGCAAGCUUAAAGUAAGUUACCGUGGUAACUUACGGGCUCACUUAAAGGCACACGUAACUUUGAUAUAGUGCUUCAUUAAUGAAUCGCUCUUUUUUUUUAAGCUAACUAUCGGUGAGUGUAAAUAAAGUUUUAAGGCGUUUCGACCACUUUUAAGCCUCUCAAAAAAAUGAAAUUUGCAUUCAGACGUUAUUUUUCUUCAAUAUCUACUGAAAAUGAUAGUUCUUCUUCUUUUUUUCACAACGUCGGCUUUAAAGUUUACAUCAGAGGUUAUAACAAAGCGCAUUAGAACGAAGAAGGUGAAGAAAAAUACUUUUUUUCACUUCUCAGUAAAAGAACUCGUUAAUUUUAGUGAAAACAGUACGAUACGGGACCUACAGAGGUCCCGUAAAUUUACGUGCUAUUUUUCCCGUAAAAAAGGUUUUCUGCAACAUCUGCUAUUUCUGUUGCAUAAACGACACUUAAGUGAACACUUACAAAAAUCGUAAGUGCAACCACUUAACUGAAUUCCCUAAGUGGACCACUUAAGUAAUUUAAUGCAACUGACUUAAGUUACGAGUGCAACCGGGUCCAUCUUUGCAGGUUUUAAAAAAUAGAGACUAUUUCUACUUUCUACAACAAAAUCUGUACAUGUUGCACUUACCGGCCCACGGAAAUAAACAAGGGACCUAAAUCCCAUGAAUGGCGUAAUUUAAUUUUAUCCAAUCAGAAGUCAGUAUAUAUGCAACUUGCAUUGCCCGCGUAUGGACCUGCGGCUUUGCCUGCAAGGGGUUUUACCCGUUUUCAUACCGUCCUGGGCCCGGUUGCUGCACUUAAGUGCCCACUUAGGUAGGUCACUUAAGAAUCCGUUAUGGGUACACUUACGGGUGUUGCAUAGAACACACUUAGCACUCUCGUAAGUUUCUGUUUUACGUGGUAACUUACGGGCUCACUUAAGGGUACACGUAACUUUGUUAUAGUACUUUCAAUUAUGAAUUUGACUCACUCAAUUUUUUUAAAUUAAGUGAACCAUCGGUGAGUGUAAAGAAAGUGUCAAGUCGUUUCGAACACUUUUUUAAGCCUCUCAUUCUACAUAACGUUUACAUGAAAUCGUUAUUUUACUUCAAAUGAUUUAAUGCAACUCACUUGUUACGGUACACGUUUUACCGGGCGUUUUUAUGCAACCGGGCCCUGGUUAGCUACCUACAAGUCUCAAAUUUAACUUACAGUCAACUCUCUCUUAACGGACACCUCUUCAAGACAGACACCUCCCUAAGUUGAAUACCUGCUGUCGGUGCCUGUCGUUUUUCAGUCAUUUUACUAUUACUAUACUCUCCUUAAGACAGGCACUUCACUAAGAAGAAUAACGGACACUUCUGAAACCGUCAACGGACACUAGAGAAGUGCGUUAUGCAGUGAAAAGUACCUCAAAACGGAAAUGUAGGUGCCCUACAUGAAAGUAAACUGCAAACUUUUUUAUAACUUUGCAGUCUUUCCGGGCCAGUUCGCAGAGUGUAUGCUGUUACGCUUUUAGACCACUAGCCGUAAACGUUUGCUUGUAAUGAACGUUUAUUGCACAAUAAGAAAAAUGAUUCCACUUUUCUGUUACAAUACGGCUUAAGGUUUUACUGGUGUCACGUUACGUCGACCUCUACGAACCUGACUCCGGGCCUUUCCAGGAAGGACAGUCGGGGCCGGUCCCAAAGGUGUCCGUCUUAGAGAAAGCUGACUGUAUUAUCAUUCAAAAAGGGAAUCCGGUGUCAUGGAAGAAAGUCGGGCAGAGAAAGAUCUGUAAAAACGGAAAGGGGACCUGCUUUUGUUUUCGCUGCCUCCUCCUUUGGAGACCCAUAGUGCUUACCAUUUACACAAACUGACAGGGUGGAAUUCUUGAACAUGAAUAUAACACUAUGAAAUUUGACGUGGUGGAAGAACGAACAGCUUCAAUGCAUAUCCUAAUCAGCUGAAACGGAGUAUUGAAAUGGCAUCGCCUUAAAACACAGCCCAGUCUACCUCCUACGAUGCUUCCUAAACGGAAUGCGCAAAUCAUUUGAUUUUCCAAUCAAAAUUUCCCAUGAAAAUUUAGAUCAGUUUGCAGAUACUGUGUGCUUUACUGAUUGCCUCUUUUUUUUUUAAAGACAUUGACGAAUGCACAGAAGGCACCAGCGGUUGCAGUCAAUUGUGCAAUGACAACGACGGAAGUUUUACGUGUGAUUGUAGUGGCGGGUACAGGCUACAAAGCGAUAAAAAAUCUUGUGCUGGUGAGUAUUUUGAUCAAAUCAAAUUAUGUGGAGUUAACCUGUCAAAUGAUCUGCAUUAGUCUUAUAAGUUAAACUGUGUUGUUUGUAAACAUUGUUUUUUUAAUUCAAAUGUGUCAGCUACUUUACUGAAAUGAAAGAACCAAUUGUCCCAUGAGCUAAUCUAUCCCUGGUUGACAAUAGGCGUCAAUAGGUGACGUAACGUGAAAUACGGCUAUAAUAUUCCUGGGGAUUACUAGCAGCAAUAUACCUGCUCAUCUCUAAUUCUAGUCUUUCUCAUUUAUUUUCUUUUCCGCUUUAAUAUAUGGGCAGACAUUGACGAAUGUAGCGAGAACUCAGACACAUGCGACAAGUCAACUACCACUUGCAAAAACUCGGUAGGAAGCUACUCUUGCCCAUGUCUGUCUGGCUAUGAAAGAUAUAAUAAGCAUAAGUGCCAAGGUAAAUUGUUAUUUUAUUUAUUCACUUGUUUAUUGGUUUAUUUAUGCCUCUCCCCAACCUAAACUGUUCUUGCGAAGAAUUUUGCCUCCAUUGUCUGUGCUCUGAUUACCGGCCACUCAAGACAAGAAAAGAAUGGGGUGAAAUAGUUGUGGGAAACUGGACAAUAAAACCAAAAAUCAAAAAGAAGAAGGCAAGAAAGAUAAAUAUAGGAGUCGUCGCAUACGAUAUUCGCGGCUGGUUACCCAACCAGUUUCUAAUUGCGAACGGCAGGACUUAUAUUGGGUGCAUCAACGAUUUUCGCUAGAUGUUGUCGAGAUAAGUAUUUCUAGUGUUUAAUUAUAAUCAAGUAAUUCACCAAAAAGCUGAUGACAAAGUUCUACAAAAGAAAAAAUAAGGUUAGUGGACAGGAGGCAGGCAGAAAUUCCAAACGCCUUUAGUGCGUGGAAGCAUGAAACUAUCAAGAAAAAGCCACGCUACCACGUCACGUGACACCUUAUCGAAAACUUCAAAGGAGAUAACAAUUCAAUAAAUUUAUCCCAUUACCCAGUACCACGCAUAAUUAGUGAUUACUGAAAAUGGACAAUAAAGGUCAGAAAAACAGAGAAAGAAUUCCUACGAGGCCUAACGCUUAACUCUUGUCUCAACGUCUCUUGCGAUUUUUUAAUCACAUAAAAGGCAAAAGGCAUUUAUUUUUUUCGUUUGUUUCACACAAUCUCCAUCAGCAAAUACUGUCUUCGGUGUUAAACACAUGUCCUAUAGAAAUAAGUCAAAAAUUCAUUCCAUUGGUAACUCUCCAUGGUUAAGAUGUAAGGGUCUCUUAUUAAAAAAGCUAUACCUACAAUCCAAUUCUAUUAUUAAUAGAAAUUUGUACCACUAAUUUCUAUCCAGUAAUCAAUUGCGUAAUUAAUGAUCCUCCCAUCCGCCCAAUAGAGACCUUUAGAUUCUAAGACGAGUACGACAACGAGUACGAGAUUUUCUCAAUACUAAGUAGUAAGCACGCGUCAAAAACCAGCGUCAUUUUAGCGGGAAAACGUGGUAGCCGUCGUCACUCCGACUAUGAGUUUUAGCGCGAAUGUCGAAGUGGGGAAAAUAAGUUAUCAGAUGUUUGAAGUUUUAUCAUUUUGCGAUCGGGAGAAAUUGUAACCUCCUUCACCAAAGGUAACAGUGCUAUAACUUUUCUGGUGAAAAAUGGUAAAAUGAAGCUUUCCGGGGAGUCUAUAUUUUGAGAAUGCGCGAAAAAACUUUAAGUCAAAUCUCGUACUCGUAGUCGUACUCGUCUUAGAAUCUAAAGGUCUCUGAUCUGUUCUCAUCUAAACCAACUCACGUCGAUUUAGUAUUUCAAGAAUAUUGUUUCUUUCAAUUUCCUCACUCCACCCGUUUUUGUCGGAUAGACAUCGACGAAUGUACGAUAAAUACCCAUCAUUGCGUGCUGUACUCCACCUAUUGCUAUAACACUAAUGGAAGUUACGAAUGCAAAUGCCGCUCAGGAUUUGAACCAGAUUCCAACUCAAUAUACCAGUGUAAAGGUAAAUGACUUUCAGUUAAUAUUCGAAGCAGAUAGACCUUUUUGCUAAUGGGAAGUAAUGGGACGUGAAUUGAAUAUAAGACACCUUGAGGCCCCCUUGUAACGAGCGCCAAGUCAACUCGUCGACGGAAAAGAGUAUAACUGAAGCAGAAACAUUUACACGUUAAUGGAGGAAAAGAGGCUGUAGUGGCUCGUGUUCUGUGUUAUGUCGAGUUAUGUGUUAUGUUACGCGUUAUAUGUUUAAUAUGUCCAUGCUGGUCAUAACUCACGAAGGAACUCGAAGGAAGUGACGCAACUGACUCACAGCUUCAAUCAAGUGAUUCACAGGUCGAUUCACAAAACGAUACGCAAUUGGACUGUUCUAAAAUAAUCGUAGUUUUGUGGUACUGUUCUAGACGCAGCCGGGGAAAAACGUUACAGUACAAUCGGAGGGAAUUCGUUUAAAUGUUAGUAGAGUGGGAAAUUGGUCAUAAUUUUUUAAGUGACCAGGAACACGAAGCUAGAGCUAACUUUACUUUGUUGGCAGGCGGGAGGACGCUACGUAGUGUUACACUACGUAAGACUCAUGUUUCAGUCCCCUUCUGAUAAUUAUUGCACAAUCUCUUAAUUUGACCUAACGGUCAUUAUUAUCAAAGAACACCAUUCCAAAUCGCUAGUCUUUAUGUUCCUUACUAUUCUUCCUCGCUACUUGUUGGCCUGUUGAUUGAUCAGUGAAAAAUAGCAUUAGAGCUUUUUCAAUGAAAGCUCUCUCUUAAGUGCCUACAGACACACCUUUAGAGUACCAAGUUGUGCGCGUGAACCAGCGUCAUUUUGGCGCGAAAAGGUGGUAUUCGUCCUCAUCAUUAUUACAGGUUUCGGCGAGAAAGUCGCCGUGGCAGAAAAUAGAAAUAUGUAAUCAACGGCUAGAAGUUUUAUCAUUUUGCGAGCGACCGGGAGAGGGCUUAACAUCCUUCAAUUAAAAUAACCAUGCAAACUCUUCUGGUAAAAAAAAAAACAACAACAACAACAACAAACAAACAAACAAACAAAACAAUAAAGCUUUCCAGGGUGUAUAUUUUUGUGAGAAUACGCUAAAAAGAAAAAAAAAAGUUUAUUCUCAUCCUCGCAGUCGUCCUCGAACUCGAAUCUAAAGAUCCCUAGUGACUGCCGGUCUAAUCUUCUAUACAUUCAUAAUUUUACUUCAGAUAUCAACGAAUGCUUGGUGAAUAACGGUGGGUGUAGCCACUAUUGCACUAACCUGGAUGCCACGUUUAUCUGCACUUGCCCGACUGGCUAUGAACUUGAUUCGUCGAAGUUGAACUGUGUUGGUAAGAUUUCUUUGCAUUUCACAUUUUUGCUUCGUCGCACCCUUAAUGUACACUGGAGUGAGAUUGUAAGGGGCAACCAUCUAGGGGCUGAUUGAACAAAACUUGGGAGUCAUCUGGAACCCCCACAGGUUUUGCAGGGUGAAUGACAUCAUCACACAAUGGCUAAAGGUUGAAGGAGCAUUUCAACUAGUUAAAUUUUGUACGAGUGUUUUUAGGCCUAAGUAGAAAUUCCCUUAAAGUUAGUCAAUCAUUUCAGGAUCAAAUGUCGAAAAUAACUUUGGAAGUCGUGCAAAAGCCUUAAAAAAAUAGAUAAUAUUUUUAGAUAAUUAUAAGUACUUAAAAAUUUGAUUGGGACAAAGCUGCUAAAGUCCGAUAUUCUGGAAAAGAAAGAGACAUGAAAAGCCCAAUGAUUCCUUUAUAUAAAAAUAACUAAACCAAGUCUUAACUAUAAUUUAGUUUAGGUUAAAAAAUAGUGAUUUACUUUUUUAAAAAAAGUUUGGCCUAGGCCUCACUAGUUUAUUUAAGACUCAAUAAAACAGCUGCAUAUUUAUGUCUGUACCUUUAUCUAAUAGUGCUUUGUUGAAAAUAACUAAAAAUUAUUUCAAUUUUAAUUCAAAAGACAAAGAUGAAUGCGCCCUCGCUAACGGUGGAUGUCAGCACACGUGUACAAACACUAAUGGAAGCUAUAGGUGUUCCUGUAACAGUGGAUACCAGUUAAAACCUGAUGGCUUACGUUGCGAAGGUAGAAUUAUGAUAGUUCUAAAUCACGGUCUUCAUACAAACUAGCGUAUCUUCCUGAUUGCCUCGACUUUUGGAAGUAUGAUUGUGAAGAUCAUGCAAGACGAUCGAUAUCCCGACAAUAAUUUUGAGAUCCCCCAACAUUAGCUAACAUUAAUAAUCUAGCUCCCUGUCUAUCAAGGGCUUUCGCGUUCUCCCCGAUAUUCCGUAUCGCCCACAAUCGCAUUAGUGUUCCCAUGUGAUCGUCUUAAUCGCCCGGGCACAUUGUGAAGACUACUUCGUUACAUUGUCUGCUUCGAUUUUUAGGCGCGUAAAAUUUACGUGCGUAAGUACGGAAAAAUUACGCGACAGUGCAAAUCCAGUCCCCGCUGUAAUGUUUGGCGUGAUUUCUUGUGUUCGUAUUAUUUACGAAUGCACCGUGAAGCAAAAGACCUUUCCCUAUUUAUGUGUAAUCAUUUUUCUGUGGUUUUGUCACCUACAUGUACUUUGCUUCUGAACUUUUCUUCUCGUGCAAACCUAGGUCGAUUUGUAUUUGCAGUUAAGGUACACUGUAGCUACUUAUUACAGGUGACAAAUCAGCCUCACCAAGGCUUACAUCGUGAGCUUUUGGAAUACACGUGACAGAUUAACACAGAACUUUUCUGAAGCACACUACAUUCUUUUCAUUGUGAAAGGUUUGAACCCAGUAGUCAUUUCAAAAGUAGGUUGAGUUUGAUCGUCCGGGUGAACGAAGUAUAAUACCAUCAACUGACGUGAUACAACUCACUUCGACUCUGAAGAUGACUACCGCACAGGUUGUCGAAACGUCAGUCGCUGUCAACAACAACAGUCCUACUCAGGACUACUUUCACCCGGACGAUCAAACUCAACCUACUUUUGAUUCUUUUCAUUUUUAGAUAUUGAUGAGUGCACGGAUGGUUCGGCCCAGUGUGAUCCUCAAAGUACCACCUGCAAUAACCUUAUUCCAUUAUACGAGUGCAAUUGCAAGAAAGGAUACGAGGUCAUACCAAACAACAAGUAUCAAUGCGAACGUAAGGCAUAAUUACUUUUUCAAAUAUAGCGUGGGUCCAGAGCCCGAGUUGGUUCGGAUAUGCUUAGUAUUGUUGAUAGGUAUUUAUUAACUAUGACGUUUUGGGCAUCUGAUGAAAUGUUAAUCUUACGUUUGAUUUCUGUUAGUAUUUUCAGCCAGCGUGCAGGAAUUCACCGUAUGCCAGUGAUAGGUGGCUUUUUAAAUAUAAUGUAUGAAAUGAAUGGCAGACAACCCUCCCCAAAAACAUUUAGCCCCAGACUACUAGCCCCCAAUAUGAAAAACUUAUGCUGCUUUAGACAAACAGUUUGUAACUCUCAGAAGGUUUAUUCCGCAGAAGACUUUAAUUAAUUGCCAGGCAGAAAAAAACUUACGCUCAAUAUUUUAUCGAUCGUAUCCGAUCACGUAUCGAAUAUACUUUAGUUUAACGUCUUUCAUUUCCCAAUCUUACCAAAAUUUAACUACCCUAACUAGUACUUGGCAUAUACUGAAGCUAACUUAUCUAUUUUAUGACUGCAGUAUAUACUACACCACAACUACAGUCAUCAACAGAAGUCCUUGGGAUAGUGAUGUAAUAUUCGAAAUUUUCUGUAAUUUAAAACAGUGAAAACUUUUCGAAAAUAUCUUGCUGUUCUCCCUUUCCCCACCCUAUGCAAUAUUGGAGCUCGGAAAAACACGCGUGCAAGAUUGUUUUUGGAGUAGGGGAGGGGUUGGGUAUGUGUAAUUUAAUGUAAGCCCAUGGAAAUUUGUCCAAGACUUUAGUCCAUCAUUGUAACUAACUUAUUUUGUGAUUGUAAAAUAUUUGAACAAUUUGCGAUUGUAUCUGUUGAAUAACGAUUUUACAAUGUAUGCAAAAAAUAGUGGUUUAAGAAAUUGUUAUGAAUCCUGAGGUUGUGUGAAAAUUCGUAAUGUUCUCCUUCUUCUAGCUAAAAAAUGUUCCGCCCUCGUCGAGUCAGCAGGAACCACAGUCUCUCCAAGCAGAUGUCUGCAGAACCAAGGCAGUGUCGUCGGUGAUGUGUGUACAUUCAGUUGCACUGCAGGAUAUGAACUGCCAAGCAGUGUGAACACUUUAGUGUGUCUCACUACCGGAGGUUGGAAUGGCUCCGUAAUCAACUGUCAGAGUAAGUAGACGCGUGAACUUGACAUUCAUACCUUCCACGCAAUAUUUUUGAGUGACAUCCAGUAUAAUUCAUGAUCGUUUCAAGAAUUUCGUUCAAGCAGAAGACCACCCGAGGUCAAUCACUCUUUGAAUUUUCCCCCCGUUCCUUUUAAAGCCAAAGUUGCCUAACAGAUUGCAGAUAAACUGAGGGGAAGUAAAAGACCAACUCCACUUCAGACUAUUAUAAUCCCGACCACUUCUGUCCUUUCGAUCUUUGCCUAAACGAGUCGGUUAAAAAUGUACCAAGUGGAUGGACGGCGAUCUGUAAAGCGUUGGGGACGGGAGGCGCCUUUCAUUCGACGCCUUAUCCCUGGCACACUUGAAAGUAAGGGCUAGAUGGAACCUUGCAAAAAAAAGAAAAAGUGGGAACUGUAACACUUUCCGAAAGGGCACCAUAGAAUAGGCAUGAAGCUCACCACCCCUCUGAAUAGCUUGAAAUUUUGAAAGUUUUGGCCUAUAACGGCUUGGAUGCAGAAACUAUCAUUUAAACAGUUUAACUAGAUUUUGUCGUUUUUGACUUGACUUGUGAUCUUGAUUUUCUCUGACAGAAAUAAGCUGUCCAAAGCUGACUGCUCCUGCGAAUGGUGGUCUCAGUCCAAGCAGUUGCGCAACAGUUGGAAACGUUUUUGACGAAAUAUGUUAUUACACCUGUUCCUCCGGCUAUCAGUUGUCUGGGAUUUCGCAAAAGAAAUGUCAAAGCAAUGGACAAUGGGACAGUCAGGAGGAACCAACAUGCCAGAUAGGUAAAUAAAAAACACGGGAUGAAAAAACUGGAUUUGCACAAUUUGCACCUUGCAAAUAUGUCGCAAUUAUAUAAAUACUAAGGAGAAAAUAUAUGGCAAAGAUGACAAAUGCAACAUUUGCCUGGUUAUUUACACUCCCUGCUCAUUGGUAUGCGAAUGUUGCAUUUACCAUCUUUGCCAUAUUCUUUCUUCUCAAUAUUUAUAUAUUUGCGACAUAUUUACAAGAAGCAAAUUUGUGCAAAUCCAUUCAAAUCCGUCCAGUCAAAGAUCAGGGUGCCAGAUAGGUAAAUAAAAUGCACGGGUAAAACUUCAUAUCCCGUAUAUAAUUUGUUGUCACAUUUUUGUUUUUGUUUAGUUUUUGUUUACUUGUUUGUUUGUUUGUUUUUCAAGUAAAAUAACAAGAGAAACAUCCACUGAGAAACCAUAUGCCUAAACUGACAAUCACAGCACACAAUCUAAGACACAAAUCUAGUCACCGGCCGAAAUUAAACUCGGAUCGAGUGAAAAACUCUUAAUUUAUUUAUUAUUUAAUUUAUUUAUUUGUAAAUAUAAUUUAGAUCUGUAAUUAUUACAAUGUAACUUAGUUCAAACUUGGAAGUUCUGCAUCAUAAGAUAUGUAGGUUUUUUUAUUUUAUGAAUUAAUAAAUAUCAAAAGUAUAUAACUGAUUUAAUAAAGGUUGCUUUGGGCGUUGGGAAUUGUGCAUUGGGAAGCUAUUGUUGGGUGGUCACUCAAUAAAUCAUUGCAUUGUUCCAUAUGCCCAAUGCCCAAUUGCCAAUGACCAAUUACCAAAGCAACCUUUUCGAUUGAGCUGUAUACACACUCAGUGUUCUUGGUUAUUCAAGCAAUCUGAUUGGUUCGCUAUCUCGGACUAUGACCUUAUAUUCACCGCGCUAGGUGACAAAUAUAAAGCAAAAGAAAAAAUUAUCGUUUGUCGUAAAAUCAGUUUUUUGCGAAAGUUUCACAGUAAAAACUUUUUGAAAAUACAAGAAUUUGCUAGUGUUGAUGAUUCUGAAGGUAAGAAAAGACUUCAUGGUGUUUGAACGGCGUGAUUUAUUGUGAAGUGAUUUACUGUAGCUGAGCAAAAUUAACGAGGCUGCUUUGUCACUGUUUAGUGAACUCGGGAUUUCCCCACAAGACAAAUUUUGCCAAUAAAUAGAAGUUAAUUUUUGGAGAAAAAGGAAGGCAAAUAUUUUCGAAAAUCGUACGUGCCAGCAAGUUUUAAACAAGGCAAAGAACAGUGCAGAUAGACAACACUCACCUCGAUCGUGGCCGCUAUUGAAAGCAUUUGCAAGAAGCAACAACAACAACAACAAAAUUUCUCAUUCACGGGGGGUUGACGGAAAGAAAUAAAGCUCCACGUUUCUUCUUAGAGUGAACAGUAAUUUAAGCUUUCGACAUUUUCUUUUAAAUUAUUGAUGCUAAAGCUUACAAAAUGAUUAAAACUAUGAUUUGCCAUGUUUGAAGAUACUGUAAAGAUCUAACUUUUGCGCAUCUUCUGUUUACGGCUACAUGUUUACGCAUGAAUUCAUCCGUUAAUCAAACUAAUCGUUUUUAAUGGUUGAAAAAUCCCCUCGACCUCCUCUCGGGAAUUAUUCAACAAUACUAACUGAGCCUGAGGUGAAUAGUUGUUAAUUGUUGUUGUUGUUGUUAUUGUUAUCAUUAUUGUUAUUAUUAUUAUCCCAUAUCCCGAAAAUCAACAGUUGACUGUAAAAGAGACCCAAUGACGUCACGCCAAGCUCAGCUGUUUUAACACUACAGAGUUGAUGAAAAUGUUGGAAAAUGUCAAAGACGAAAAACCCGCAAUAUUACCUAAAAAGAACAUAAAAAGCCAUAAUUCUCCUCAAAGGAUGACGACUAUUAUAAAGUAAUAUUAAAAAAGUAAUAUUAGUUCAUUUAUAUUUUGAAACUAUCGAGAAAACAGGCAAUUGUUUUAUAGACGGAAAUUUUACAUGAAGGUAUGAUAUGAGCAUGGAAUUAUCGUAUGACAUGAAGAAUUUUAAAAGAAAUAUACAAUGUAUAUCUGAAAAAAGGGUGUUAUCUCCAUCGGCAUUUAUCAUUUGCAGAUAACAUAAUACUCCUUAAUCUGCAGAAUUAAAAUUCGUCCUAUCAUACUCCGCCUUAUUUAGUCCUUAUCAAAUAUCACUUGAUCAUAGUUUCUCCGGUCAGUGACAUAUGGUAAUCGGGAAACAAAACAUGCAUAGGGGGAAUCCGACUUCUACCACCGGUAGUCAAAUCCAGCACCUUCUAGUUUAGUCCAGAUGCACUCAGUUCCACUGAGCUAGACUUGUAACAAACAUCUUGCAUAAAGCUAAUACUGGAAUAUCCAUAAGUCACAUAUUGAUUCACAGUAAGUUAUCAGCCUGGCCCCAGUUGUUCAAAAGUUGAAUAGCGCUAUCCACCGGAUAAAUCACUAUCCAACGGAUAAGUAUUUGGGAAACCUGUUGCGCUGUCCAGUGGAUAGUGAUUUAUCCGGUGGAUAUAUAGCAUCAUCCACCUUUUGAAAAACCGGGGCCUGGCUAUAAUAUAUGGGCUAAUAAUGACUGGAAGCUAAUUUUGUAUUUACACAAUUUUACAGUUUACCCCGACCCCUGGAUCACGUGCCCAGACAAUGUAAUUAUUACUCUGUCUCCUGGCGCCAACACCGCUGAUGUUUCCGCCCUACUCGGAAGUCCAAAGUCUAAUCAACCUGCAGAGAGGAUAACAAUCACACCUGCACAAUACAUCUCUAGUAAAAUUUUCCCGGCGGGAACAACAACUUUGACUUACACAGCAACGAAUCAAAAUGGAAAAACUGCCCAAUGCAACGUCGCCGUCCUUGUCCAAGGUAAAUGUUUACCAUGUGAAGGGGAUAAAAAUAUCUAAUAUAUGAGUGGUGGGCAGCUAUGCAAAUUAAAUGUCUUGGAACAAAGGAAUUUUUAAGUAAGAAGAGAUGUCAAUCCCCACAGGAUUUUUUUCUUUACACCGAUAUGACCGCCGUUUUAUUGUUUUGUACACAAAAAGGGCCGGCGCGGCGUCGUGUGAAAAUUAACAAAAAGAUUCCAUGUCGCCGUGCGCCUGUUCAGUAAUAGAUCACAGAUGACGUCAAAAUGUGGUUAAAAAAAAGAAGAGACACACGAGCCGCAGGCGAGUUUGUGACUGAUGUUUUCACCACAUUUUGACGUCCUCUGUGAUCUAUUACUGAACAGACCCAUGGCAACAUGGAAUCUAUUUGUUUUAUACAAUGAUCAGAAAAGAAAAAGACCGAUAUAUAUACAUGCCUCGCACCGCUUGACUGUUCGACGAUUUGUGCUAGUUUAGGCAUUUUUAAGUCCCAAACGCUAAAUUUCAUCUUUGCUUCUUUUUUCGUCUUUAUCGACUUGUAUACAGUUUCUUCAAAAAGCCUUUCAACGCCUUUUCUUGCUCAAAGCAGAAUAAUGGCGAAAACAUUUUGCAAAACAUCGAGUCUCUCGUAGCGAUGACACACGAUGGCAACUGUUGUGAAGAUUUCUUGUAGUUUAGGCAUUCUUAAGUUGUAAAGAACUCUUUUUCUUUCCUUUUCUCCAUUUUUUUCUUUUAAAUAGCUCUUGCUAAUUCUUUUUUGAGGCUUUCACUUGCUUUAAUCUGAAAUAAUCUCACAAACAUUUUCAAAACCGCGCGCCACGUUAAACAAAACAAAGAAAACAAGUUUCCCGUGACGACAUCCGUGUAUCUGUACUCCAAUGGAUCAUGGGCAACGACCAAUCACACCGCGCGUAGCAUUCACAUCAUUGUACAAGGAUCUAUGGUGAAUAGCACACAGAAAAUAGACAUCAUUGCUAUCCAAUGGCGUACGAUUAUCUUUGAAAUAUCUUCAUACAAAGUAAUUCAGUAACACCAAGGUUUUUAAGGGAUUUGUAAUAGAUUAAUUAAAACAAGAUAUUUUUACAUCAGCCUCAACUUUAUUUGCGACGUAAACCAGUAAAAGACGUCAGCAAAGGUUAUCAGUAUUUUUCCUAUAGUUCCCUCUUGAAUAUUAUUUAUGCAUAAUUUUUAUUAUGACUUAAUUAUAGUUACUUGUUUACUCCAACAUAUGAAGGGUUAUGUUUACAAAUUUUUCUCAUUUUAAAAUUUGAAGUACGUUGAAUUUACAAAACCAUUUGUUUAAUGAGAUAUUUGGCCAACAUAUGCACUGUCCAUUUGAACAUGCAAACUAGGUUGCCUAAUUUCUGUAUUUCGUCAGGCCUCAAGCUGUUUAUAUUAAGACAAUUUUAGUUCAUUUUGUUAAUUCUGAAUGAUGCUAAGGCGACAUUAAACGGUUGCGGAAAACUUUCUUCGCUAAUUUUUGUUCUUACAAACGAAACGCCCUUUUUUUAGUGUUAAAGUAUUUAACGUCAAAGUACGAAUUGUGGACACUAAUCUUGCUUCUUUUACUAAAGAAGAAACCGCUACUUUACGUGGUCAUCCCAACCACUCGAAGGACAGACCGUUUGAAGGACAAAGACAGUACUUUCCUUUUUUCGGAUAUCAAUUCAAGGCUUUACAGCCUGAGCUAAUCUUUCUUAUCCUGUCACGGUUACGAUAAUUAUUUUAAAAUUGCGCAAUGUAUUUUAGAAAGCUCCUGGUUGUAUUUCAUUUGCUUAUUUCACUAUGUCAACAGAUACAGAAAAGCCAAAAGUUUCAAACUGUCCAACGAAUAUCUACCAAACAACAACAGCGGACUCAGUAGCCGUGACAUGGACCGCACCCACUUUUACCGACAACGUCAAGGUGAUAGAAGUAACGUCCACAAAGAACCCAGGUGACACGUUUACCGUAGGGUCCACUAAUGUGCAUUAUACCGCAACGGAUGGUGCAUCAAACUCACAAACGUGUUCAUUUACUGUUACCAUCAAGAGUAAGUAUGUUUAUAUAGUACCCUUAAAAUUAAAUGCGCUCAUAGUCUGAAGUGUAUAUUAUCGCUAGAAAUCCCGGAAGUCGCAUUCCGUGCAUAUUACAUCCAGACCGUUUGUUAAUGCUCUUAACCGCUGAUUUAUGUUGCUCAUACUCGCGUGAAGGGCUCAUAUUUUAGUGACAGAUCGAGUGGUAGAAUUCGCAGUUGUUUUGCGCCAAGUAAGAGCCGCUGGCUAAAAGUAUUGCCGAAAAAGUAAUUGCCCAUGAAAUGAGCUUCCGAACAUGCGUGUUGGAGAAAAAUCAAGCAAAGGAAGGCGGAAAUAUCGUAGUUCAAAGACUGUGGUUUUGGGGGUUUUAGCGUGGAUUGCUGCAUGUGAUUUUAUCGGUGCGUUUUUUCGUCAUUUUCAAAUGCGCAAAGUAAACAUCAAAAUCAGUCGGACGAAGCCGAAAAUCGAAAGGUUACUCCGGCUGUUCUGUUUUUUCUUUCCGUGAAACCAAUUGCACUUUUAUUCCAUACCAUUAGUUUCACCCGCAAUCGCUGUUUAUAAACAAUGCGUUUUCGGUUUUUCGAGUAACUCCCUCUCUACGCCUUAUAUUUUUUGGACGCUAAACUGCUCACAAAACAUUGUAAAAAGUAAACAUGAAAUUCGAGGUAUCCACUUUAAUUUUUGUACGGUAUCUUUAUUGAUACAUGAGUUUAACAUGAACCGGUUGCACAUUCUUUCUUCAACAAAUUGGAGAGGAGAUAUUUCUCGAAACUUUUUAAUCUCCAUACAUUUCUUUGCUGUUGUUGCGCUCGCUUCCAUUGGAAUUUUACCGCUGAAUUCACUGAUCGCUGGCUCAAAUGUCCCGUAUAAAGAACUGGUUUACAAUGAUGCAAUGAUCUGAUUAUUUACGUCAGUAGUAGCUGUUGAUUGUACACCCGAAAACAAAAAGAAAACCAGUAAUUAAAUCCUGUUAGCCAAAGAUGUAGUUAAUUUAAGGUCACAAAAGCUACUCAAAAAACUUCAUCUCGCUCUUAAUAGUGAAAAACGAUGAUUAUAAGUAACCGCCGGAAAACGAAGACGUCAUGAUGAGCACUGGAUAAUGUGCUUUCUCCCUCGUACCAAAUUUAUUGUGCAUGGAACUACAGUGGAACUGGCUUUCGUUACUUUUAGGGAGCUUUCGUUCUGGAGUGGAAAAUAAGUAAGUGUGCGAGCAAAUUGACAAGUUAAAUAUGACGAGGAAAAUUAUGUGUUAUGUUCGACAACAAAGAAAGAAAAAAGUUCCCAUACUGGUCGUUUCUUGAUGCAUCUUUUAGCCACGAAGAAUAAAUAUCGCAGUCUGGACAUUUCUUAGUAACUUUUUUUUUUUUAAAUUUCUAUUUUAGCCAAUUCACCGUAGAUUCAAGCCAGAAUAAUACAGUAAAUAACGCAUAAUGAUUCAUGUUUUUUUUCGUUCUACAUUCUAUAUUUGACGUACACAUUCUUCUGCAUGUUGUCGCAUAAACUCGUCAUUUUGCACGUGCAUUCAGGUUGUUUUUAUUAGCAGCCUUGCACCUUGCACCUAUCCCGUAGUCACGGUGACCGUUGGACGCCACCGACCUAGCAACCCUUUCCUUCCAUUUGAUUUUGUUUUCUGAUUCUCUAAAUGGCGUCGCAAAACUUCAACCCUGUCCACUCAGAAAUGUUAUUCUUACAACGCUUCUUUUGUCGGCCCCUUCUCUUCCCUCCUUGCACUAUUCCUUGUAAAAUUGUCCUGGCAAGCCCUGCUUAUCUUGAUACAUUCCCAACCCACUUUUUCUUGCGUUUCUUUACCGUGGUUAAGACGUUAUCAUAAGGCCCGAUGGCUUGCCUAAUUCUGUCUCUGACUGCAUCUUUGGUGAUGCAGACUCUGUAACCUAUGAGAUUCCAAGCAGUUUCCUAAAGUAUUUCAGUGGACUGCAAUUUCUUCAGGAUGUCCGCUGUCGCAGGCGUACCACAGUACUGAGAUAACCAGGGAGCGCAUAAGUCUGAUCUUUGAGCUUAGAGAUAUACGCUUAUCGUUCCAGAUGGUCUUCAGUCUCGUUAGUGCUGCUUUUGUCUAAGCAAUUCUGAACAGUACUUCAUGCUUGGAACCUUGAUCUGCGACGACUGCGCUCAGAUACUCAAAGCUGUCAACCUCGUCUAAUUUUUCACCGAUGAUUCUGAUCUCAAUGCUGAUGCUAUUUGUGUUGUUGGUCAUUAGUUUGGUUUUCUUUUUGCUAAUUUCCACGCCAAAGGCUGCAGAGGUCUUAUCCAGGCGAUCCACCAGGGAGGCUAGUUCCUCCUCGUUUCCUGCCAAGUCAUCAAUGUCAUCGGCAAAACGUUAGUGACGGUCCCUAAAAGUAACGAAAGCCGUCCGAUGCAUUUUUCAACUAUUUAGCCCAGACUGGCCCGCGACAUACCUUUAACUUCGGACGAGGAGUCUAUUUAUUUAAACAAUAUUUCUGAAAAUUACAAAAAAUUCUGUUUUCGUCCAACUACUACCAGUUUUGUCUUCACCCCAAUCUAAAUAGAUUGUCAAAAACUAAAGCAGCAGGGCUAGAUAAUAUCUAGGUUGAUUCGCAAGUGUGCUGAUAUUAUUUCAGGCCCGUUAUGCGACCUGUUUGAUAAAUCUCUGAUGUCUGGCAUAUUUCCUAACGACUGGAAAUGUGCCAGAGUGACUCCGUUGUUUAAACAGGGUGACUCAUUUGAUUUAAACAACUACUGUCCUAUCUUAGUCACUUCCGUAUUCGCCAAAGUGUUCGAAGGGAUUGUGUACCAUCAGUUAAUACAACUCUUUAAAUACUGAAGAAAUCAUCUCUAAACAACAAUCUGGUUUCUGGUCUUUACUGUUACUGCUCUUCCAGAAGCCACUAACAGUUGCUACGUGAAUGUUACAGUGUUUCUCGACUAAAAAAAGACAUUCGACACUGUUGAUCAUGAGAUAUUACUAACUAAAAUGAAUCGGUGUGGAAUUCAAGGGAGAACUCUUGAUUGGUUUCAAUCGUAUUUGACGAACCGCACACAACGGUGCUCAGUUAACAGUUGUCUCUCUGACUUAUCCACUCUUAAAUGCGGUGUGCUACAGGGAACGAUCCUUGGCCCUCCUCUAUUUGCCUAACUGUCUAUCGUUCAGCGUACCUAGAAUGUAUGCUGAUAACACUCACAUUCCUUAUGCUGAUUCUGAUUUCCAUUUGAUUCAGUCUAUCUCACAACCUUGAAAAGCUAAGCAAACGGCUUUUGUCUAACAGACUUACCAUAAACGCUAUUAAAACUGAAUUUAUGUUGAUCGGCUCCAGGUAAAGAUUAAGUACUCUAUCUGAUUCAAUCGAACUUUCCAUAGAUAAUGUUCCAAUUAAACAAGUUUCCACUGUGAAAUCACUUGAAAUAUAUAUCGAUGAAAAUUUAACGUGGCAUUCCGACAUUGAUAAACUGUGUGAAAAGAUCGCUUCCCCAACUGGAGCCUUAAAGCGAGUUCAGCCAUUUAUGCCUCAAUCCACCCUAAUCAAUAUAUACAACUCACUAGUCCAAUCUCACUUUGAUUACCACAGCAUUGUGGCAAAACAAUUAUCUAACAAGCUAUGCAAACUAUAAAACCGUGCCGCACGAGUAAUAACUUCAUCAAACUAUGACGCAGAAGUCGAUUCCUUGUUUCCCAACUCAACUGGAAAGACUUGAAAUCUCAACGUCAAAUUCAGAACGCCUUAAUGGUUUUCAUUUCUUUAACCGGUCUGGUUCCCGAAUAUCGCUCGUCUAAAUUUAUGAAGUGAAAUUAAUCAAACUAUUCUCUGAGGGACUCAAUAAACAAACUUGUUGUCUCCUUUCCAAGAACUAACUACAUGAAAAAUAGCCUUAGUUACAGCGGCGCAACCCUUGGGAACAGCUUACCCUGUAGCAUUAGAGAGUCUGGUGCAUUAAAUCAAUUUAAACGCCUUCUCUAUCAUAAUUUUUAAUAACACGGCAUUCAUGGAAAUCAGGUUUUCAAGUGGCAUAUUGUUGAUAGUUAAUAUAAUGUUAGGAUUAGGAUUUUUAGGUUUUAGGAUAUUAGUCAUUGUAUUGGAAUUUAUUGUACCUGAUGAAUUUUUUACCGUGCAUAAAUUAGGAUUAAAGAUUAAAGAUAAAAGAACCUCGCCAUACGACCAAUCGGUUAAAACGUCUCGACCGGUCGUUUCGAUACAAAGUCGUUUCAAUACGAACUCAAGCAGUGAAACUGCACAUGAUUUCGAACACUUCAAGUUCAUUGUAUAGUUUGCGCGUGAAUAACAAAAACAUUUUGGGGGAAUAUUCGUCUUUCUUUACGCCAAGGACCUGAAACUACACCUAGACUGAGUCAAUUUUUUUCGAAACGAAUUUGUCUCGAAACGACCGGUAACCGUUCCUCGUGAUUGCACGAUCGUUUAACUUGAAGUUAAAAGAUUUUUCUGAAGACCCUCCAAAAGGUCUUCUUGAAACUCAGUUGCUUCACUUUAGGUUGUCUAAAGUACUUCCCACCAUCUUCCUUUUCUUGACAUAAACGACAACUACGAGAUAGGACACUUUCAUCCUUCACUGACUGCAACACCAUGGCAGUAAACAAACUCCCACUAGAAGACUUUUCCUUCCUUUUAAUUUUACCGCUAACAAAAACGUAUGAGUGUUACAACAAUAGCGUAGACAUGUCAAUGUUUUAUUUAUUUAUUUAUUUAUUUUUGUUCAGCUAAAGGAAAUUCCCUAAACAAGGCUGUAUUAGGGUGGCAUUGGAAUUACCUUUUUCUUUACUUUCCAUUUUCACGGGAAAAAAAUAUAUACUUUUUCUCAAGAAAAUUCGAUAAAUUCUCAAACAAUGCUUUAUGCUUUUACUAAAAUGCUCGAAAAAAUGCUAGCUUAAUGUGCAAAUUUAAAGGCUAUCGUUUAGUGACCUUCAGUAGCCGGAUACAGGAUUCCACAGGCAAAAAUUUGUCGGAUACAGGAUUCCAUGGGCAAAAAUUUGCCGGAUUGCGGAAUCCGGAUUCCCUUACAUGUGGCGAUACCUAGUUCAGUGGUAUAAAAACAGAGCCUGCGGAAACAGCCGUCUCUCCUCGCUCUUUUUCGCCGGUUGGGACGUUUCGCGCGAAGGAACGUCUGCGCCACAGCGGCAGAAAUUCCAUACAGAUGACGUAAAUUAAUGUUUAUUAUAUACAUACUGAGAAAUACUCACCAAAAAGCUAUGUUGUAAAUUUUCGUACGCAAAUUAGUUCUAGCCAAUCAGAGGAGCGAACGAUGGUUUUCACACGUGAAAAAAAUGAUACGUCCAAUCAGAAUCGCGAACGAUGUUUUUUCACGUGUGAGAAAAAUGAUACGUCCAAUCAGAAGCCACAGAGGUGUGUGAGUUUCGCGCCAAAAUUCCCGCCUUUUAAUGUAGCUUGCAGCGCCGCUUCGCACACAUUCAACGCUAAAAAAGUGAAAAACAUUUCGGAAAUGGAGUGGAAUAGUUUCGUUUGUUUCACUGUCGAUGAAAAAACGGUAGAGAGCCGGCGAAACAACAACGGAAAGGGAAAAACAGAACGAGACGUAAGCUUUUGUUGUGCUUUUUGUCGGAGCUACUUUGCCUUUCAUUUAGGCUUAAGCUUAUAAUAUUGAAGCCUGCCAUUUUCCUUAAAUUCACUCAUUUUCAAUUGUGCAUUGAGAACAAACAGUUAAGAUUAUUUAUAGUUCUUGGAUUACCUCAUAUCCUUACCGUCCUUUGUGUUUUUAACAAACGUUUUAACUAAAAAAGCUGAUACUUCGUUUUCGUUGUCAUUUUGCGGUAAGUGUGUAGCGGUAAAUUUUAGCAUUUUUGAAAGAUUUAAAAUAAAAAGGCCGCCAAAAUGAUGAAUGUCUCAGUAUGUAUAUAAUAAACACAAUACCACAUAGAAAGUGCUGGCGUACGGUAUUUACGCGCUCGUUGUUUUUGUAUCAGAAAUCUUACUCGUUCGCUGCGCUCACUCGUUCGAUUUCUGAUACGUCAACAACUCGUGCGUAAAUACAGUACGCCAGCACUUUCCAAGAAGUAUUCUCUAUUUACAUAAUAAAUCCAGUAGUCAUGGGGUUGCAAAUUCCUGGUCGAUUUUGGUAAAGUGUUGUGUUCAUCUGCGAACAAGCUUCAGCAAAACUCAAAUGCUUCUUCUGGAGAAGACUAUAUUCCACAAAUAUUGACUGUUUUGUUAGAGAUUUAAUUCAUCGCCUUUACAUUUGACGUUUGUGGCCUUUUGUCUUUUGUCUGUCAUCAGUAAAGAAUAGCUAAAACAAUGUAACUACUCCGUCGACCAAUCAGCGCUUUUGACCAGAUUCCGGACAAAUUUUACGUCAUCUGUAUGGAAUUUCUGUCGCUGAGUCGUAGACGUUCCUUCGCAUGAAGCGUCCUCAGCGGCGAAGAGCGAAGAGAAACGGCUGUUUUCGCGGGCUAAUAACAACAUCGAACUCAGAUUAAAUUCGCUAGUAGGUGAGAUUAAAUUCGUCGUCUAAUUUAAUGUUAAUUAAGCUCGCCCAAUUAAAUUUGACGUAUAAACCUAACUAGGCCUUAUUAUCAACCAUCCUGUUUUUUAUUCUCAUCUUCUUAUCUUUGCUUUAACGAUCGGUGUUUAUUUUUCCAGCCAUAAUCUUUUAACUUUGUUUCCCUUUCCACAACAGAACUGCAAUGUGACCCUAACCCACCUUCGCCGCCAGAAAAUGUUGUCUUGUCAUGCAGCAGUUUUGGUGGAACUUCCUUCUGCACAGGCAACUGCGAUGGAAAUAAAAAAUUUUUUAUUCAUGACAGCUUUUGGUUUAUACAGUGUACAAGUCCAGCUAUGACGUGGACCGAAAUGCCUGAUUGUGUAGGUAAGAUAUUAAAAAAAUAAUAAUUUUUAGCGGUCAUCUAUCCUAGAGAUUUUAGUAGGCACGUGACCGCACUCCUUCCGUCCGCCCGUCCGCACCACACAGAAACCAAUGUGAAAUGUCACACUUUCUAGCUAGUGCAGGAGCCUGCUGCCUGAGAUUGCACAUCCAUGUUGUAGUGAAUUGACAGUGGUAAAGAAAGGUUUUCGCUGACCAGUAUCAAAUGACCGUAUCCCGGGCUCAGGUUUCGACCCAUCGAGAUUAAGUGUUUUUUUUAAGUUCUCAGCUGAAAGUUACUUGUUUUCAACUGAUCAAGGGCUCAACUCCAAGUGGAUUUCUUUGCAAUGGUUGCGAGUUAAUUUGAAGUAAAUUAUAAAAUUUAUUAGCAUAGGUAAUCACAUGAUUUCGAGUGCAAUUUAGAAUAAAUAAGCACGGGUAAAUUUUUCAAAGACCAAAAAGAGUGCACGAGAAAAAUCAUGUGAUUACUUAUUAAUAAUAUACACGAAAAACAUAACUACAACAACAAAUUUUGACAGCGCGCGCGUUUUUAGUUCAUUCAAUUGAUUGGCUGAAACAGACUACCACCUUUGUCAAAUUCAAACUUUUUCAAGACCACCGCUUUCAAAAUCAUUCAGCUAAGAACUUGGAAAUGUGCAUGUGCAAGGAUUGAUUUUGUGGUCACCAGCCUGUUAAAGAUAACUCGGUUUACAACAAUCAGCAAAAGUAAGUGUUUUUAAAUUCAUCCUCGAUUAUGAGAGCUCGGUGUUUACAAGAAGUAUACUGGAGCCACAGUUGCUGUGAUGUCGGAAACUGCCAGUAUUACUAUAAUAUUUGCUUUUUCUCAGCGCUGGAAUUUCCUUUGGCCUACUGCAAGAGUCAUCGUAGCUCUUCUUCGUCGGCUUCAUCGUAGUCGUUAAGGAAAUUUAUACCUCCGUGGCCUGUGACAUUGGUCAUAUGUUCUGAACUUACAAUCUUUGCUUUCUCCAGCUUCCUGACUGUUGUUUUUCUUGCACAAUGAUUCGUAAACUUUUCUCACUUUCUUUAAGGCUAGUACCAGCUACGGAUACUUUCAAUAUGUUAGUUAUAGUAUUUUCGCCCAUUGGUUUAGUUUGGACCAGAUGUUUAAAUUUUCGGUUUCCUUUGCUAGUGAAGUAGAAAAAAACAGACCAUCGCAUGGAGACAGCAACCGGACACCUUUCUCCUCCAACAAAUAACGUACCUGACUUGAAAUCCCUGUUUUUAUCAUGGAAAACUUGUAUCCUUGUUCAUUUAAAGGCCUGAAAAGUGUAGCUGUCAUGGUUUGCGUGUGGUUGCAACCGUUUUUGUUCUUUAUUUGUCUACUUUAGCGUAGUCUGUUAUAAGAAGCUUGUUUUUUAGUUUCUCUGGCUCAUUUUCCUCGAUUUUGUUGACAGUUUUUUUCUCUUAGCACCGUCUUUUCAAUACAUUUAGCCAGAAAGACGUAUACCUUUUACUGUGUUCGGGUUUUUGGAAUUUUUUUUUUAACUUUUUUAUUGUUGUUUUGCGUACAAAUUAAAUCCCGCCGUCGUCUGCUGAAAACCAUGGCCAUUUCCUUGAAUUUUUUUGUGAAAACAGCUUUAAUCUGAUUGGUUCUUGGUGGUUUCUUUUGUGUUUUCAGCAAUCAGAAACCAUUUGUAAUUUGCACUCAUUUUACAAGUUUUGCACUCGUGUUACAAGUUUGCACUCGUGUUACGGAAGAACUGCACUCCUUUCUCAACCAAUCAGAACUGAGUAUUUUUUUUCGUGUAUAUUAUUAACGGGAAUAUCGCCUUUAGCCUUGACUAAAUCUAUUUAUUAUUACUGUUGUUGAUGCUGUUGCUGUUAUACUGCGUUAUACCCCAUAAAGGCUGUCUAUACGGAAAAAAAAAAACAACAACAACAACAAGUCACUCCAGUCGUGGGAUAUUCAGAAACAAUGAGUCUAUCACGUCAUGCCCGAAUCACAAACUCGUGCCUAUCUUACCUCCUAAGAGAGAACACAGACAUAAUAUAAGACAGUCCAGGGCUUAUGCCAUGCCCCGUACACAUACAAAUCGUUUUAAGAACACUUUUAUUCCAAGUAUGUGUACAUAAAUUUUUAGACUAGUUUGUACAUAGUUAUAUAUAGAGAGUUUUUCGCAUUUUUAUAGAAAUGUUUUUUGUUAUAAUUUCAAUUAGUAUUUAUUUUUUUGGAAUUUAUUUAUUCUUAGUUUUAAGUAAUUGUAACGCAAUUCAGUCUACGGACUGCCAUGUUCGAUAUUUUAAUAAACUAUCAAUCUAUCUAAACUAUCUAUCUAUCUAUCUAAUGUGCCUCUCGACUAAAAAGCAUUGCAUGAGUAAUACAUAAAUCUAUCCACCACUAUUUACCUUUAUUCACUGUUCCUCAGAGGGAUAGUUUAUGUUAUUACUAAACGAUAAAAAAAAGUACAAACAAAGGACAGCCAUUGACCUCUAAAGAGUGAAACUAAAGUUACAAAAAUGGUCGUCUAGGGAAAGCUGCGAGCAUUAACGUAUGAGCUCAGGAGCCUAUACUCAUGGGUUCCUGAUGAGUUCAACUGGUCUACCUUCCCAUGUGAUUUUCGCCUUGCUUUCCCAAGUCAGCGACAUAACUCAUUUCUAAACUACUGAUUUUCAUUAGAUUACACAAGCCUAGCAGGUAACGGAUCUUGCCCUGCCGGUUAUGUGAAGCAGCAAGGCAAAGAUGCAGCAACACCAGAAAACAUUUGCGGUGAGUAUCACGAACAUUAUCAUUAUUUCUAUAUUUUUAAUUACUUACUUAAUUAACUAAUUAAUUAAUGAAUUUUCAUUUUUUCAUUUUUCCUUAAAAUUCAUUCAAAUUGGAAACUUUCGCUUAUAAGCCCUGGUCUUAUACAACUUCCAAGGGUUAUAGGAAGGCUUUAAAAGAAACCGGGGGAAGCUUGAUGAGUGAAUCCGCUUGUAAACGGACUAAACACGCUUUUAAAAACAAGCUACAUAGCAGUGCUGAUCAAAGUACUUUUUGAAUUUACUGGCUUUUUUAAGCCUCAAAUCGUCAUUAAUAAUCUAUUUUCUUUCAAUACUGGCUUAAGUUUCUACUUUCAAUACUGGCUUCUUUGUUUACAAGACAAGACAAGACAAGACAAUGCUUUAUUUGGAGUCUUAUACAGUCCUUUGUACACCGACUUUAUCCAAAUAAUUUAAAAUCAUAACACAAAUUGCACACUAGUGGAGCUAUAAUCAAUGUUAAGCUAAAGAACUAAUGAUGUUGAAUACGUAUGUGGCAAUUAACUUUUGCACUGGUUUGUUCUUCUGGUGCCAUUCUGUUUACUGAUAUUUUCUAUUCUUUGUUUAAAUAUUCAAAUAAAGUACUUCUUUUUUCUUGAUGCGCAGGGCACAGAGUUAAAAAGCGUACUUCAUCUUCUUCGUCUUUUUUACAGAUAGGACAGAUCCUCUCUUCCGGUUUUUUAUAAGGUCUUACAUAGCGACCUGUCUCUAUCGCCAACUUGUGAUUACUUAGACGGAGUUUAGUUAGAGUUAUCCAGUGUCGGAUGUUGGUGACCUGACGGAGAUAAUCUUCACAUUUAUAAUUUUCUAUUGUUUUAAAUUUUCGGAAGGUUCUUAGUUUGUUCUUUUGGUUGGCGUCUUUUCUUACGUCAUUGUUUACGUCACUUAACCAUCUUUGUAAUUCGAUGUCUUUCAGUCUUUGAUUGAUAAUGUUCAAGAUUCCUAUGUCGUUUUCAUGUGCUUGAGUCCAGAGGUAUCCCAGCCCUAUUUGGUCUAAUACGCGUUUGAUUUUUUGGCUCCAUAAUAAUAUUCCUUAUUCAUCCUCGACUUCAUGUCAUUAUAUACCACCUGUGAUAAUUUGUGUUUUGGGUGUUUGGUUAGAGUUAGCCAAAACUUAAAAUUCCUAUAUUGUGCUUCGAUUUUUAUUGGGAAUCUUCCUGUUUCAGCCGUACAUGCAUUGUUGCUGCAGUAUUUAUUUACACCUAGCAACCAUUUCAAGAAUUUGAUUUGAACUAAUUCUGCGGGAUCUUUUUCUAUUUGGUCGUUACAGUCAACACCCCAAAUUUCACCUCCGUAGAGAAGUAAAAUUUCCAUACGGGUUCAGUUGUCAUUCCCAGAUAUUUAUAAGAUUUAACAUUCUUUAAUUUAUUUACUCCAUACUUAAACGAGUAGUUAUUUAAGGACUUGCCACAAUUGUUAAAGAUCAUGACUUUUGUUUUGUCUAGAUUUAUAGUUAUUUCAGUUUUCUCACAGUAGGAUUCCAACUUGUUGAGGAGUGUUUGCAGGCCAUUUGCUGACAGCGAAAAGAUCACUAAGUCAUCCGCAUAUAAUAAACAGUUUAUAGGUCUUUCAGAAUCAUCAAGCAGAAUAUCGGUUGAGCUUGAUGAAUUUAGAAAAUUCGGGUAGAUCACCUAGAUAGAGAUUAAAAAGGGUGAGUGAUAACAUACAACCUUGCUUAACUCCAGGGUAACACGGAAAAGCUUCGGUCAUUUUGUUGUUGAUUGUGACUGCUGAUUUAUCUUUUGAGUACAUGGACACUACUAUUUCUAAAAAAUGCCCUUUAAUUCCUUCUUUUCUGAGUUUUUCGAAUAAUUUUUUCCUGGGUAUGCGAUCAAAAGCUUUUCUAAAAUCUACAAAACACGAGAAAAGCAAGUUUCUGCGUUUUUGUGGUUUAGAUUUAACAAACGUAUCUUUGAGUGUUUUUAAGAUGAAGAUGCUAUCUACUGUACCGUGCCAUUUUUUAAAGCCGCCUUGUUCUGCUUUUAGAAUUCCUUUUUUGGUCAUGUAAUCAUACAAUCGAUCAUUGAGCAUGGACGUGAAGAGUUUACCUAAUGCAGAGAGCAACGUGAUGCCUCGGUAGUUUCCAGCUUUUGAUCGAUCAUCCUUUUUAUGUAUAGGGACGAUGAGGCCAAAACUCCAGAGCGUAGGAUAUUUACCUUUAUCUUUUCCGGUUUUUAGCACUUCAUUUAAUAUUUUAUCACACCCUGGGGCUUUGUUUAAUUUCAGUUUUUUGAUUGCGAAAUCAAUUUUUUCUUCCGAUAUUGCAUAGUCUAGGGGACCUGCCCCUUCCUCAAUAACUCCAGUAUCUUCUAGAUCUGUCUGGUCGCCGUUCGUUGGAGCCGCGUUUUGUUGUUUGAAGUAUUCAUAAAACUGUUCCGCUCUUACUGUUUCGGUUCCAUGUGGUUGCCGUUUUCUAAUAUGAAAGAUUUUACCUCUCUGUUUCCAAGUAUCUUGAGGAUUACGGAGGUCAAUAUCGCCUAUACUCUUACUGACAAACUCUCGUUUUUUCCGUCUGCAUGUCCGUUUAAAUUUCUUCUUUUUGUCUUGUAAAAGGUGACUCAGCUGGGAAUUAUUUGGCUCCUAAGAAAUUUGUUCCCCAAGGGAUUUCAGGUUUUCUUUUUUAGUUUCGCAUUCCAGAUCGAACCAGUUAUUUUGUGACAUGGCUUUAGUUUUGUUACGUUGGGCUCUCAAGCCGGCUUUCUUACAUGCUUCCACCAGAGUUAUACUAAACAAUUCAGCCGCAGUGCCAACAUUAUCGUUUCUUAAGGUAGCCUGUAGUUUAGACUGAACUAUUUGUGAUUCCAGUCAUUCUUUUAACUUACUCCUGGUAUCCCAUAAUAGUCUAUUAUGUUCAGACAAGGUGCAUCCGUUCGAGUAGCUAGAAGAAACUGGGCUGCCGGCUAGAAUAGCUUUAAUAGCAUAAGUCACAUGACAAUUAAGUAUCGCACAUUUUGAAGUAUAGCUUUAGAGCCUAAGCCUAUUUACAGGUUGAUAGGCUUAUAACUGCGGGGGGGUGGGAGGAGGGUUGUGGCUUAUAAGCGGAAGUUUAUAGGUAUAUACAUGUAUUUUUUUUAUUCACAGUUAAAUGCCCGAAAGGAACAUACCAUGAUGCUUCCAAUGGUACCUGCAAAAAUUGCCCGAUUGAUUACUUCAGCACUGUGGAGGGUGCAACAAUGUGUCAACAAUGCCCUGGUAACACGUCCACUCCGGAAGAGGGAUCCAAAACCUGCACUGGUUAUUAUGUUUUUCUCUAUGCUCUACGUAUUUUGUAAAGGUGGUCAUCAACUCUUAUAUCGGAAGAUUAGAUCACAUUUCUUAGUUUGUGGACCGUAAUGCUCAUCGCAUGAAGAAAAUGGUCCUUUGCGCAUCCUGCAGUCUUGCAGUCGUUAUUAGAGGCGGAAAGAGCAUGAGAAACCUGGCUACAAUCUUUGACAAAAAGAGUUAUAAGAAGUUUGCACUUCCUUACCCACAUAACGCCUAUCCAGCGGACUUGUUACCACUAUGGUCUUUCUCCACGCCACACCCCGGUCAAUGUUGUUUCGUCGGGGGUCAGAAAUGGUCCAGCCGGACUUCAACAUUUUUUUUUCCCGGGGGGGGGGGUGUUAAAAGUGGUGAAUAUUUGUAUUUACCAGUUGAGCUUUAUCUAGAAACUAGACAUGGCGAAGUCCACCUUUCUUAACAUUUUUGUCCAAGAUUGUAGAAGCAAAUUUCAAGGUGAACUGAAACACAAGUCGUUAUGGCUGUUGUAACCGCUGUAAAAUUAUCUGGGUCUGUUCCUGGAUCGUAGCAGGUGCGGUCCAGGUUAAAAUAUUGUAGAUUUCCAGUUGCUGACCCAAAUCCCGUCUACUCGGUUAACGAAUUUCAACAGCUUUAUUGCAAUGGGUUUUAGAAACUGAUCAAGUGACAUCAACGCACUGCGCGCAACAUGUUUUUUUAAUUAAUCAUUGUAUUUCUUACACAUAGCUCAGUGUUUUGCUGGGCAGUUUUCCCACAGCGGAUUUAAUCUUCCGGCAAAUCUUGAGCCCUGUGAGCCGUGUCCAAAAAGUUCCUACCAAGCCAAUUUGGGCCAAACAAGUUGCGAGCAAUGUCCUAAUGGAACCUCCACAAUUACAACAGGAUCAACUUCGGUCAACGAUUGCGGGGGUGAGCAAAACACACAAAGAUAUUGCAACCACUUCCUCUAUUUUUCUGCCUCCAAAGUUAAUGCACUUCUUUUUUUUGGCCGUCUUGCCUUUCACUUUUCUCAAAACUUUGACCAUCAAAAAGAUCUUUUGUCUUCCUUGAUUUCACGUAUUUAACAUUUGAUGUAUUCUUGUUGUUGUUGUUGUUUUUGUUGUUGUUGUUCUUCUUCUUAUGUUGUUGUUGUUUUUUUUUUGUUUGUUUGUUUGCUUUCAGGACCACCGGUGGUGACAGUAUUUGAACCUAAUCCAACAAAUGCUACGGAAAACCAGGCGACUCAGUUUGAAUGCUACGGCAGUGGUUUACCUUUGCCCAGGUUCUCCAUUAAGAAAUUGGUACCACCCCCAGGUAUAAAACGUUAUGCUACGUUAUGAGGGAGUAUUUUUGUUUGUACACAACCUUUAAAUGAGUCUAUUACCAUGUAGUAGCUUACCUCACUGGCGGAUGCAAACCUUACAACGUUUCUAACUUACCUGUAACUCCACUAAUCAAGGGCGGGGCCCGAAACGUUUGGAGAGGAACUCAAAACACAAGACGGCACGUUUGUUCAUUAUUUUUUUGUUGAACAUUCUCUUACUUAAUUUCUAAAGUGUAACCCAGCUUAUCGGAUUUUUUUUCCGUUAAUUUACUUAAACCAAGUUCCAGUGUGUCAAUCUGGUUUCCCUGCGAAUGACUUCCGAGGAGCGAGGCCAGAAAUUCCCUACGAAAGGCGCGUCACUAUCAAAAUCUGGGUACUACAGUGCCUCCGACUGGAUGAAAAUUUACUUCAUACAAUCAUUGGAGUCAAGAAAUUUCCGCUGUUUCUCAGACAUUCAAACUUCAGUAUAAUUGAGCAAUUAUUUACCAAUACAGGCUCUUUUAAGAUAAUUGUAAGCAUAUUUGGUGCAACGCUUUAAGCCACUAGCUCCUCGAGCUAAAAGUUGUUUCCUCGUUUUUUACUUUCAGCUGGUUUUGGAGGCCCAGUAAAAAAAGAGUACAUCACAGAUCAGGAUGGUAGGCAAACUGGACUUCGCUACAUUAUCACCAAAGUGGCCGAAAAGGACGCUGGUGCGUACUACUGCACGGUGGAGAAUAAUUUUGGCACGGACACCAAAUAUUUGACCGUGAACGUAGCACUAGACUACAGCAUAGGUAAGUAGCUUUAAUUCAAAAAAAACUUGAUUUAAUAUACUGACUCCGAGCGUGGGUAAUUCUUAAUCCUAAUUUGCCCUUACUUAGGCGUCCUUACCUUUUCCUUCUCGAGUGUUACAGUAAAAAUUCUUCAUUUAAGAAAAUUCCUUAUCCCAACCUAGAGUUAAAAUGUUCUCACAUAGUUGGUAUCCACUGAGAAUCGAUCGUAAACGGAUAAAAGUAAAUAAAUAAACGUUUGUGAUGCGUGAUACUUGAAUUAGGAAAUAACAAGAGGAAGCAAACCGGAGGCGUUUCGGGUUUAUGACCCUUUCUCAAUGUACAACAAACCGUUAAGUGUUCGCUAAAACGACUCCUGGGCCUUAGCCCUUAGUGUUACUUUUUCUCAAUUGAUACUUUUCCUUAACAAGAUAUCCGCCAUUAGGGUUAUCAUUUUUACCUGAGUCAAGUACCUUGUCAUUUAAUUAAACACGGAUGAGGGCCCAAACUAACCUAUUGAUUAUGCGACAUUAACACACUGCAAGCAAGAGCAUUUGUGCAUUUCCAGUUGAAUUUCAACUUUCUUUUACAUAUUUUUGUGUUUGGUUUUUAUUUUCCAAAGAAGAAGAUUCUAGGCUUAAAUCGUCCUUCAAAAGUAGAGUUUAUAUUCCCAGACUUAAGGUGGCUGAACACAGUUUUGGCAGUUUCUGAGUAUAGGUCAUUUUCCAAAUUAUGGCAAGAGAAAGGUUGCAGCUCACAAGCUGAAACUUGGCAAGUGAAAAAUAUACUGAUGAAAGAUUUUGACUGACAGGUAAAAUUUGACGUUUUUAGUUUCCAUGGCAACAUGAACGAUUAAAUACAACCUUAAAAUUUCACUUUUACCCAGUUUACAUAAAGUUCGCUCAUGAGAUUUUCUUAUAAACUUGCACACAGCUUACUAUAAUUAAUCAUUACCAUUUGAAACUUAUAUGACCAAAUGUUAACAGAGGGGUUUUUAAAUAAACAAUAAUAUAAUUGUACUGUAAUUAUUAAAUGUGUCACAGACUUCGUCGGUUCAACUUCCAUUUUAAAGUUCUCAUUAUUCAAAAUACGAUAAAAGGAAAAAUUCUGCCAAAUAUCACAAAAUUUUAAUGAGUAGAUUUUGAGAAAUCAUCUUCUGUGUACUAUUGCAUUUUAUUAUAUACAUACUGAGAAAUACUCACCAAAAAGCUAUGUCGUAAAUUUUCGUACGCAAAUUAGUUCUAGCCAAUCAGAGGAGCGAACGAUGGUUUUCAAACGUGAAAAAAAUGAUACGUCCAAUCAGAAUCGCGAACGAUGUUUUUUCACGUGUGAGAAAAAUGAUACGUCCAAUAAGAAGCCACAGAGGUGUGUGAGUUUCGCGCCAAAAUUCCCGCCUUUUAUUGCAGCUUGCAGCGCCGCUUCGCACAGAUUCAACGAGAAAGUUUUACUCAAAGAGUUUUUCUCGCUAAAAAAGUGAAAAACAUUUCGGAAAUGGAGUGGAAUAGUUUCGUUUGCUUCACUGUCGAUAAAGAAAACAGUAGAGAGCCGGCGAAACAACAGCGGAAAGGGAUAAACAGAACGAGACGUAAGCUUUUGUUGUGCUUUUUGUCGGAGCUACUUUGCCUUUCAUUUAAGCUUAAGCUUAUAUUGAAACCGGCCAUUUUACUUAAAAUCACUCAUUUUUAAUUGUGCAUUGAGAACAAACAGUUAAGAUUACUUAUAGUUCUUGGAUUACCUCAUAUCCUUACCGUCAUUUAUGUUUCUAACAAACGUUUUUACUAAAAAGCUGAUACUUCGUUUUCGUUGUCAUUUUGCGGUAAGUGUGUAGCGGCAAAUUUUAGCAUUUUUGAAAGAUUUAAAAUAAAAAGUCAGCCAAAAUGAUGUAUGUCUCAGUAUGUAUAUAAUAAACACAAUACCACAUGGAAAGUGCUUUGUACGGUAUUAACGCACUCGUUGUUUUUGUAUCAAAAAUCUUACUCGUUCGCUGCGCUCACUCGUUCGAUUUCUGAUGCGUCAACAACUCGUGCGUAAAUACCGUACGCCAGCACUUUCCAUGAAGUAUUCUCUAUUUUCGCCGCCAUGUUUGUUGUCUAAUUUAAAACACGCGCUACCGCUGACCACCCGCAAAACUGUGUUCAGCCACCUUAAAAGAGGAGUUUACGCCCAUGUUUGUACUUCAUUUCUUUCAUUUUGUGGCUUUUUCGUUUCUCGCUUACUUACAUUCCCGUCUUAUUUCAUUAACGCCAUUCUAUUUUAUUUUAUUUUGCUUGAGUUUAAUAAAAGCAAUUGAACUAACAUAUUUUUGAUUUAUUUUAUUUUAUUUUUUUUUUGCUUGUUAGGCAAGCGUCGUCGUCGACGUCGCCGUUUAGCCGCUCCUUAAGUUAUGAGUUACAUGAAGUGAAAAAGAAAAGAAAACUAGCUGAUAGAAGAGCUUAUAAACAACAAUGUAACUUGGCAAGAAAUUUAACUAAAACAAAAGGGAACCCUUAAAUAAAGCCAUUUGAAAACG